GGACGCAUGGUCCACUUUCAGGAAGAGAGGGGCCAGAAGUCGCGCUGUGUUUUUUUUAAUUUAAAUUAUUUAUUCGCCGCCGCCGUCAUGGCAGCGGCCUCGGUGAUGUGGCGGUGGUUUAGGCAGCAGAUGGCAGCAAUGCGAGAGAUCUGCCGGCAUUAUCCGCUGUUUUGUUUCAUCUUGCUUUCCCUUACUCUGUCCACCAUCCUGCUGUACAGGUACAUUAUAGAGGCUGCUGUGCUGAUAGGUGUCUGCAAUGAUAGAAGUGAUGGUUUGUUGUGGAAUACCAUUCCCAUGGUGGCUAGCCUGCUGAAAGGUUUCCUGAGCAUCAUAGGAAUUGUAGUCCAUGAGCCAAAGUCUGUAAUCAGUUUGAGUAAGCCUCUAUGUCCGGAUGCCCCGACAUGUGUUGAUAGACCAGCUAUUAGCGUAAACUCAGUAUCACAGACAAUCUCUACGUGAGACUUUAAUGCAUACAUUUGUGGACUCUGUUAUUGUGCAGGUCUAAUGCAAGGAUGGGCAUAAUGUAGACUAUAAGGCCGGCGGCAGUGUAUCAUGUCAGUUGGAAUUCUUUUACAGUUGGGAUCUAACAGUGUCUUACAUUCUGCAAUGGAAUGUUUUGUUGUCUUAUUAUACCCAGCAUGUAUCUGAGAUCCAGUUGAGAAAUGAUUCACAAGCCAAUUAGUCUUUUGUAAACUUGUUAUAUCUGGUACAACAUGCAUCACAUGUAGCAAGUGAACAAACCACCAUUAUCAUCUUCUUUCUUCCUUCCCUCCCUUUCUUUAAAUUAUUUUUCUAUUGUAAUAAACUUUGUACAAACAUAUUUGAUUUGGUAUUUUGAAACGUCUGUCCAACAUAUAGCCUGUUAUGAAUAAAGAUCCAUUUUGCAAACUUCAAGUACAGAGAAUAUUUCUCCAGGGCUGCACAUCUUCUGUGGAACUCCCUUCUCCGUAAAACUUUCACCCAGUCUCCACUCAUUCAAAAAAUAAUUGAAAACUCACUUCAAGAAAGCAUAUCAAUUAAACUUUUAGCAGGUUUUUAUCCUCCAUCCCCCAUGACUCCUCUCCUGCAACUGCCAAAAAUUACCUACUAAGCCCUAAAUUUAAUACUUUUCUAACAACCUACUUCAUACCCCCAGUUUUACGCUUUGUGUCACAAUACAUUCAUAUUGUAGAAUUUAGCAGCUGUCUGCUGUUCAAAGUCCAAGUGGAUGACUCCUGUGCUUAUGCUGGGUGCACAUGACAAGCCUCACUAGGCUAACCCAGCCAGCCAGCUAGCCUGUUUAUAGAUGGCUGCUGCUACAUAAUGAACUGUAAGCUGACAUGGAACAAGCAAAAAAUAAUAAAACAUCUGGGGGACACCUCUCUGAAAGUGACACUGCUGCACCUGGGUUAACGUGUCUCAAGUACAUUUUCCCUAUAAGCUGAUUUGCUAUGCUUCUUUUGUAUUUUGUGUGCACAGUUUAGAAAAUCCUUCUAGUAUGCAAUAUACAAGUGUUUUGAAGUUGUGCUCACAGUAUAUUUCUGUCAUGGGUUAAAUUUUUAGUAAAUCGUGCAGGAAAAAACUAAACGUAAUUGGCACCUCUGGGCUUUGUAAUAUCCUAAUCUGAAAUGCGAUUUGAAGUGAAUUCUAACAGUGACUUGAUUGAUGACCUGAUUUGCUCUUGGUCCUAUUUUCUAUUACAGUAUUUUUUCACUGCUAAGGUAAUUUGCUUACACUUUUUUUUUUCCAGAUACCUCCAUAUUUUUAUGAUCUUCUGGUCAUUUGUGGCUGGUGUUGUUACAUUCUAUUGCCUUUUGGAGCGGGAUACAUUACUCCCAAAUAUUCUAUUUCACAUAAACUACAAGCCCAAGGUAAAUUAUGGAUUUUAUAUAAUAACAAAAUCGUAAGGACGAUAAGCUUGAAUUACUGCUUAUAUGCUAAAGUGCAAAAUCUCAUAAGGCAUUACCCUAGAUGCCCUCAAAACUAUAUAUGUGUAUUAUAUACAUAUACACACACACAAAAAAAUAAGGAUGCACACUAGAUAGGCUAAAAAGUGCAGAUUACUUAUAAAUCCUUUUAUUUAAUAAACCACAAAAAGUAUACAUAAAUGCAAAAUCAAACAAACAAUAGACAAAGCUACAAAAAAAAUAUAUACAUUUAUUUAAUAAACCACAAAAAACUCCCAGUGGUUCAACAGCACUCUGGCUUUUCAUCCUUGAGAAAGGCAGCCGGAGUGUUACUGAAACUUUGGUGGCAUUGGUGAUUCGUGUUCUGUCCCAUUAGGCUUGUUUAUUGGUGGUAAUUAUGUUUUUAUAUAUGUUUGUAUAUGUGCCUUGAUAUUUUUUUUUUGUCUCUUUUUCUAUUGUUUUUAAAUAAAUUAUUUAAACUUAAUCUGCACUUGUUAGCCUAUAUAGGGUGCAUCCUUAAAAUUAUGGAUUAUGAUUUAUAAAGCACCAACAAAUUCCACAGCACUGUACAAUGGGUGGACUAACAGACACGUAUUUGUAACCAGACACGUUGGACACACAGAGAAAGAGGGUUUGAUGGCCUUGCUCAAUGAGCUUUCAUGCUAGGGAGAGUCGGGUUUAGUGACACAAAAGGUAAGGGUAGGGUAGAAAAGUAGGUUGCUACGAUAGUAUUUACUGAGGGGUUAGUGUUUUGUUUUGAUGACAGUUGCAGGAGGGGAAUCAGGGUGCAAGGAAGAAAAGUUGUUCACAGUUGAACUGAUAUGCUUUCCUAAAGAAGUAAGUGGAGACUGGGUGUAAGCCUAACAGAGAGGGGAAGGGUGUUCCAUAGGACUGGUGCAACCCUAGAGAAGUCUUUAAGGCGAGCAUUAGAGGUAGGAGUACGAACAGAGGUCUACGACAGAGCGUAGGGGACUAGACUGGACAUAUUUGUGUAUUAGUGAGUAUAGGUAGGUCGGAGCAGCAUUGUGUAGAGAUUUGUGAGUAAAUACAAUGUAGGCACUGACAGACGGGGGAGGCAUGGGAGAUGCGGGCGGACAGGAAGAUGAGCCUCGCCGCAUUCAUAAUAGGCUGUAACGGGCAACUUGGGAACACAUAAGAACACAGAGAAGUGGAUUACAGUAGGCGAGAGAAGACAGCGGCAUGGACAAGCACCUUAGCUAUAUUAGCGUUAAAUAGUGGCAGGUGCGCUAUUUUUUUUUAAGAUUAUAUACGUUAUGUAUGAUCUGGAAUAUUGGUAACGUAAAAGGAGAAAAUCAUAGGAAUCAACAGUACAGCAUUAAAUACAUGAAAUAGACUACUAACUUUCAAUAGAUUUUUUAAAUUAAGCCGAGUGCCAGUUGUGAGGCACUGACAUAGUUAAAGGGAACCUAUGAUUCCAAAAAUAACACUUCUUAUUUCAGGACUAUAAAUUCCCUUCUGUUCACCACUUUGCUUUAUAAAAAUAAACUUAAAAACCCUCACCUUGUUUCCAGUGCAAGGAGUCCUCCGCUGCAGCCUUUAUCUCCUGCCACCGGUGAUGUUGGGAAGCAUACUGUUGGAUUGGAGAGUGCAUGCGCAACAAAAUGCCAUGCUCCUCUAAUCAAAUGCUGCUAUCAGACUUUUACUCGGUUUGGAGUACGAAGUAGGAAGCGCCUGUAGUGGUUGUCAGGAACACAGCCACUAGUUUUAACAUUGCAAUGUUUUGGGGUUUUUUUCCCAUAAAAAAAUAAAAUAAAAGCUGCAGUGUUUUACAUUGCAGGGUUAAAAUGAUAGGACCACUGCACCUAGGCCACUUCAUUGAGAUGAAGUGGCCUCGGUUAUGAUAGUGUUCUUGCAAGGCAAUUCAAGGCUCAACAUUGAUGCCAAUGGGUCUGCCAGAUUAUAUAUAGAACAGCAUGGUGUAAGAUUAUAAGCCUUGUAUAUUGUAUCUGACAUGUAGUAAAUGUUGUACAAUUCAUGUAAAUCUUAUGUAGUGUAGCCAGGCACACAUUGGUAAGCACUCAUCUAAAUCUUCUUAGCUGUGUCAUGGUUUAAUGUAGAUCACUGACUAAUGCCAAUGAAAAGUAGGCAGCAGAUUUCUUUAUUUUUGUUUAUAUUUAUGUCUGCUUAAGUAAAAUCUAAAAUUGGAGAAGCAAUGUUCUUUUUACCAUAAUAUAUAUAUAUAUAUAAACAUUGAAGCUGCUGUGAUAUUACCCGGUUAGCAUAUCCAUCAUUGUGGUAAACAAUGAAAUAUUUCUCAAACUUUUCUAUUGACCUUUGUUUAUUAUUCCAAUUUCACUAUUGGAUCCAGCAGUGUUUCAACAAUAAUGGUAUUUAUCUGAGCUUUCCCUUCUUCCUGUAUCAGUAAACCUUGUUGGCUUCUCUUUAGUGCUUAAGGCAUGUGACCCUAUUUGCAGCAUCUCUGUGCAAUGUACAGGGACUGAACAGAGCACCUCUAGAUAAUCGGUUUCUCAAGCCAGGGAGGUGUACGGAAGUGCUGGUGCAGUUUUAUGUAAAAAACAUUUUGAGGAAAAAAAUCCAGCUUUGCUCUAUACCCAAAAUGAAUUAUCUUUAUAAUGUAAUUAGUAAUUUUUACAAUGACUAAGUAAGUAAUCGUUACAAUGACUAAUGUAUAAACCUUAAUAUUUUUCAUUUUUUGUUCAAUAUAUGCUAAACAUUCUAAAUGAUUAUAAUUUUUUCUACAGAAGCUGGAAUUGCAAGAACUUUUCCCACAAGGUCAUAGCUGUGCAGUGUGUGGCAAGGUUAAGUGCAAAAGGCAUAGGUAUAUUAAACUGAGUAUAUUCUAUAUGCAGAUUUAAAAAAUAAAUAAAAUGUUCAUUUUGCAUUAGAUAAAUGUGGAAAUGUUCCUUCCAUUUCAGACCUACUCUUCAGCUGGAAAAUUAUCAGCCAUGGCUAGAUCUGAAAGUGCCUUCAAAAGUGGAUGCGUCUCUCUCAGAGGUAUCUCCUGUGUGUGUGCGUGUGUGUUCUCUUUUUUUAAAAUUUUUUUUUUUAUUUUCUUAUUCUUCAUACUCUCACUGUGUGGGAGGGCUACCAAGAUGUGCAGUUUCAGUAUUGCUAUAAGGGUUAGCCGUAGAUAAGUGAGACCAUUUAAACUGUCAAUUGGUGCACUGCUUUGUGGGUCCUCUGCCACACAAGGAUGAAACCUUCCAACCAGGAGUUUCACAUUCUGGUCUAAGAGUACAAAUUGUAUACUGUAAUCUCCUGUAUGUCAGGAAUUAGGUUAUCCCCAAAGACCAGUUCAGAUUAUCACACAGGAUGAUUUGAACAGCUCUUUAAACUGAUAGCAGACAUGCCCUGCUGCUUUCAGCUUAUACACAGUCUAGUUCACCUUUAGUGUUUUAGUAUGAGCUAAAGUUGAAGACUGCACUCUGAGAAGUCAAUUAAUAACUUUUUUAUUGUGAGUUCUUCAUACACGCAAUAGGGAUAAAACGUACCCUGGCAACCUAGAUCUAAGUAUCCAGGCAGCUCUAACCCACUCUUAAAAAUGAGUGAGAGAUGCUCACCUUGGCUGUCGAGUUGUGAGUAUACGCAAUAUAAUUUUUUUUGUUUUUUUUAAAGUUGCAGUUUGAGAUAAAAUCAAAUGGUGCAGGGAAGUAAUAGCAAAACUAGCAAGGUCAGUUUUUCAAGGGAAAACCGCAAUACCCUAAUCUAGAUGUAGGCAGCCCUUUAGUAGCACUGCAUUAAAACAAAACCUUGAAGUCCUUUGUGCAGGUUCUAUUUUUUAAAAUUGAGGUGUGUAUUUUAUCAUAUUCUGCUUGUAUUGUUUAUGGGUGCUGCAGUAGUAUUUGUGCGCAUGUGAGUUGUCAUAUUGUUUAUGUUCAUAAGUAGUGAUGUCGCGAACGGUUCUCCGCGAACCGUUCGCGGCUAACUCUGGUCAGCUGACACAUCCCUGCCAAUCUCUGGCAGACCCCCCCUCCCAGGCCCUCCUACUUCCUGGACAGCAUCCAUGUUGAAGGCAGCUUCAACAUGGAUGCUGUCCAGGAGGUGUGAAGGUCUGGGAGGGAGGGUCUGCCGGAGAUUGGCAGGGAUGUGUCAGCUGACCAGAGUUCGCCACGAACCGUUCGCGGACGGUUCGCGACAUCACUAUUCAUAAGUAAUUUGUGGUAUUGUAUAUUGUACCUAGCAAUGUGGCCUGUGUAUGGGAGCUGCUUGUGGAAUUAUGUGUGUUUUGGUGUGUAUGUGUGAGGCUGCUUGUGGGGUUGUGUAUGUGUGGGGAUUGUCAGUGGUUAAUUUAUGGUGUUAAAAAUGUGCAGGUUGUUCUGCAACAGUUACGUAAAUCUUCCCCACAGUGAUUGCAUAUUCUCAAGUUUGAUGUUUGUUCUGUUCUAUGCAGGUAUUUGAACUAGUGCUGGAAAACUUUGUUUAUCCUUGGUAUCGGUAAGUAACAGUGUUGUAAAGUAAAGAUAUGGUAGGCUAUUGUAUGAACUUUGAAGUAUUAUGAAAAUAAAAAUAAGUAAUUUAAAAAUUAACCCCAUCCUGACAUUAGGGCAUGUUAUGCUGUCCUACCAAAGGAGGGCUUUAUUUUUUUAAUUUAUUUUAUACUCUAUUUAGAAAAUUCUUUUACACAUUUAACAUAUAAAAACACCUAUACCAAUAUACAUAGUGAGGCAAAUAAUCAGUCCAUAUAAAGCUGAGUCUCAUUCUUAUCCCCGUUUAUAAGAACAGGGAAAGAAGGAGAUUUUUGACCUAUACAAGUUCUCUUAUUUCAGACCAAACUACAUUUGAUACCUCAUCUCCACGAGCAAAUAGAGCAAACCAGAGGAGGGCUUUAACGCCGUUAGGGUGGCAUAUCUAAAAAAUAGAGAAAAGAUACUUUGUACAUAGGACCAUUACGCAUCAGUCCCCUUCAAAGUAGGCAGUAGGUUUCUUUCCAAGCCAGUUUUGUGAAUGGGGAGUAAUCAAUAUCAGAUGACCGCUUUCAGCCAAUCAGCGGCAAUCCACGCUUCCAGUAAGUUAAAUUUCAGAAGCCAGAUGCCGUUUGGGGAGAUACGGAGAUCGGCACUGGAGGCAGCUUUGGAUUUAAACCGUUUUAAACCCUUGAGGUACGAGUGUGCCGGGGGCUUCCUUGCACCAUAACCAUUUAAUUUACAUGAAGUUGUUAUGGUGCCUAGAGUGUUCCUUUAAUGGGUUAGCUUUAUAGUGAAAUUGAACAUAUAUAGCUUGGAGAUGCAAUUAUUUAAUGGUGUCCAUUUAAUCCACAUAUAUUUACACAUGUUAUUUACUGAAAUAGUCUGCUAUUAUAAAUAACACCUAAACAAAAAAAACUUUUUUCUGACUAGUUUAUUCAGUGCCUUUUUUUUUUUUUUUUGAUUGUACUUUACAUUUGGCAAACAUGGGUUGUUGCUAAUAACUUAUAAAUAUGUAUUUGCUUAUAUUAUAUUUUACCAGAAAUAUACUUUGAGUGUUAUUAUUAUUAUUAUUAUUGCCAUUUAUAUAGCGCCAACAGAUUCCGUAGCGCUUUACAAUAUUAUGCAAGGGGAUUUAACUAUAAAUAGGACAAUUACAAAUAAACUUACAGGAACAAUAGGUUGAAGAGGACCCUGCUCAAUCAAGCUUACAUUCUAUAGGAGGUGGGGAGUAAAACAUAUUAGGACAGGAAUGUGCAAUCAAAUAAGGUGGGCUGCCCAUUAGGAGAGAGCAAGAGACGGGUAUGUGAGGUAGGGGUUAGUCUUGGAGGCCAUAAGCUUUCCUAAAGAGAUGGGUUUUAAGGCACUUCUUAAAAGAUGCAAGACUAGGGGAUAGUCGGAUGGCGGUAGGCAGGCUAUUCCAUAGGAAGGGAGCCGCCCGCGAGAAGUCCUGUAUGCGCGAGUUGGCCGUACGGGUGCGGACAACGGACAGGAGGUGGUCACGGGCAGAGCGGAGAGACCGAGAAGGGACAUACCUGUGGAUCAGUGAGGAGAUAUAAGAGGGGCUAGAGUUGUUCAGUGCUUUAUAGGUGUGAGUCAGUGCCUUGAAUUGACUCCUAUAGCACACAGGAAGCCAAUGUAAGGACUGGCAGAGGGGUGAGGUGUGAGAGAACCGACUAGAGAGGAAAAUCAGUUGUUAUGGUUCUUCAGUAUGACCGUAUAACCAUCUUUGUAGGUGUACUAAGUGCUAGUGAAAACUCAAGUGGACUUCUCUGAAGUUCAUUCUUUAGAAUUAAAUUUUCUCCCAAAGUUUCUCCUACACAUAUUUUGUAAACCAGAUAAGAAUUGUGGUUUUAACCGUGUUGGUUUUGUUUGCACAGGGAAGUAACAGAAGAUGAGUCUUUUGUAGAUGAAAUAAGGCUGGCUUUACGAUUCUUUGCAUCUGUUCUAGUAAGAAGAAUUCAAAAGGUAAGCAUUUUGUUUCAAAAUACUACUCAUUGUUUCCUGAGCUUAAAUGUUCAUCAGUUCCUCACAGUUAAAGUGAUGUAACAUUUUUUCACUGAAUAAGCAAUUGUGGUGAACUAAAAACGGACCUUUAAAGAUUUAGUCCAAAAUAGCCAAGUUAGAAAAGUGGCUGAAUUGGAGAUUUUUUGUUUUUAGCAUUUUGUUUUUUAAUUCAACACAAUUCACUAUUUAGUGAAUAAAUCUGAGUAUAGACAAUAUGUUAAUGUGCACUUUUUGUUUACAUUGACACUGUUUUUAUUUUAAUUUUUAACUUUUCAUCAUUUUCAAUUUUAUUAAUGUCCAUAUCACUCUGCUUCUCUUUAUAAUUGUCUGUGUGUAAACAAACCAUAUCUUCAUACAAGCAAGUCUUAAAGGGACACUAUAGUCACCCAGAACACUUCAUCUCAUUGAAGUGGUCUGCGUGAAGUGUCCCUGUGCCACUUAGUCCUGCAAUGUAAAUCAACGUCAAUCAGACAGCCACUAGAGGCACUUUUUGUCCCGUAGCAUUCUGCAUGAGGACAUCCAGCAUCAGUUAAAUCCCCAUAGGAAAGCAUUGAUGCAAUGAUUCCCUAUAGGGAGGCAUUGCAUUAAUGCACUUAGCCCCCUUAUCCCUGUCGGAUGAUGUCUGAGGAGGCAGAGGGUGACCCAUUGACAAGGGACAUCAGUGCUGGAAUCAGACAAGUAACUAAAAAAAUUUUUUUUAAACCUAUCUGCUGGGGGCGGGGAUAAGCAAGGGAGUGGGGAAGCAGAGGACUCUAUAGUGUUUGGAAUACAGAUUUGUAUCUCUUGGAAACUGACUUCCUUCUCCUAUAAGUGAGCACUUGUGCUCAAGGGAUCAUAGGUAUGCACACUUUGUGCGACAGGGCCAGAUUUGCCUUCCUGUCCUCUGUUGUGCUUCUUUUUUUCCAGUUUUGGUUCAUUCCAGGAGCAAUGGAUCUUUGCAAAUACCUGAUUAUCACUAGAGCAAGAAUUUAGAAUAUUAUACAUAUUUUUUUUUUCUAUUUUCUUUUCAAAAAACCUACAAAUCACAUGUAUACCACUAUAAAUCAUUAUUAAUUUCAUUUUCCAUAAAUCACGCUAGAGAAUGAAAGAAAACUUGUCACUUGAGAACAUUCAGGCAUGUAUUUGACUCACACAUGGAAGACAAGCAUCGACUAGCGGGAGAAUUAAACAAAAAGAAAUUGGAUUAUAACAGGGAGAAGAGGGGACAGGGGAAACGGGUGGGAUUAGAAAAAUGUAUACCAAAUUUCCCUUCUCACACUUUUUUUUUUUUUUUUCUCAUUACCUCUUGGCCCCAUCCCCAACUUUCCUCCCACCUCCAUCAGUUAUUUCAAAUAAAUGCUAUCAAGAUUUGAUCUCUAUAUUUGAACCAAGGCAACCAUAGAGUAAAUAAUUUAUCGUGAUUACUGUGAUUAUUCAAAAAAUACCCCUUUGCCAUGGAGGCUUGAUAUGCUAUAAAAAAAAUACGUUUUUGAAAUUAAAAUAUUCUGCAUUUUACAAAUUUUUUACUAUUUGCAACUUAAACACUAGUAACAAAUAAAUAACCAUAUAUCUACUGCUAGAUGGAAUUUUCAUUAUGCCAGCAUGGGAAAUGGCUAGAGCUAAAUCAGGAUGGAUUAAUUUGCCAGAGAUUAUUGUUAUCAACAUAAAUGGCCUAUUCCAAAUCUGUGCGACCUUCUUGCAAAUCCACCAAAUAUGUGAGAAUGUUCCCAUUCUUCAAGACAUCGCCAACAUUUAUUUUUUAAUAUAAUCAAAUGUUAUUUUACUAAGUUUGUUCUUCCAUUUUCCUGUAAAGCAUUCUUAAAUUUUCUUAUCUUGGAUAAGAGUUGGAUUUUUUUGUAGACAGAAUUUUUUUUAUUUUUUUUAUUUUUUUUAUUCUUAAAUGAUUAUAUAGUUCAGUCAUUGGUAAACCAAAGAGAUUUUAUUUCUUUGUCUUUUGAUAAUCUUAUUUACAAAUAAGAUAUAUAUUAAAGCAGUGUUUUUCAACCUUUUCUGGGCAAAGGCACACUUGUUUCAUGAAAAAAAUCACGAGGCACACCACCAUUAGAAAAUGUUAAAAAAUUUAACUCUGUGCCUAUAUUGACUAUAUAUAUAUAUAUAUAUAUAUAUAUAUAUAUAUAUAUAUAUAUAUAUAUAUAUAUAUAUAUAUAUAUAUAUAUAUAUAUAUAUAUAUAUGUAUGUGUGUGUAAUUCUCUUGAAUAGGAAUCAAAUAAACACCCAUCUCCCUCCCUCCUUUCCCUGUCCCUCCCAUCUCCCUCCCUCCUUUCCCUGUCUCUCCCAUCUCCCUCCCUCCUUCCUUUCCCUGUCUCUCCCAUCUCCCUCCCUCCUUCCUUUCCCUGUCUCUCCCAUCUCCCUCCCUCCUUUCUUUCCCUGUCUCUCCCAUCUCUCUCCCUCCCCCCUUUCCCUGUCUCUCCCAUCUCUCUCCCUCCCCCCUUUCCCUGUGUCUCUCCCCUCUCACCAUCUCUCCCUCCCCCCUUUCCCUGUGUCUCUCCCCAUCUCUCCCUCCCCCCUUUCCUUGUGUCUCUCCCCUCCCAUCUCUCCCCUCCCCAUCUCUCCCUCCCCUUUCCUGUCUCUCCCCCCUCACCAUCUCUCCCUUUCCUGUGUCUCUCCCAUAUCACCAUCUCUCCCUCCCCCUUCCUGUGUCCUCCCCUCUCCCCUCCACAUCUCUCCUCCUUUCCCUCUGUCUCUCCCUCUCCCCUCCCUCCUUUCCCUGUGUCUCUCCCUCCCCUCCCCUUUCCCUGUGUCUCCUCCCUCCUCCCCUUCCUGUGUCUCUCCCUCACUCCCCCCCUUUCCUGUGUCUCUCCUCCUCCCCCACCCUGUGUCUCUCCCUCCUCCCCCCUUUCCCUGUGUCUCUCCCUCCUCCCCAACUUUCCUGUGUCUCUCCCUCUCUCUCCCCUUUCCUGUGUCUCUCCUCCCACUCCCCUUUCCUGUGUCUCUCCCUCCCCUCCCAGCACCCUGUGUCUCUCCCUCCCUCCCCUUUCCUGUGUCUCUCCCUCCCUCCCCCUUUCCACUGUGUCUCUCCCUCCCCCUUUUCCCGUGUCUCUCCUUUUCCCUCCUCCCCAUCUCUCCUCCCCUUUCCUGUUGUCUCUCUCUCCUCUUCCUCCCCCCCCUCCUUCCUGUGUCUCCCCUCUCCCUCCUUUCCUGUGUCUCUCCCUCUCCCUCCUCCCCUUUCCUGUGUCUCUCCUCCUCCCCUUUCCUGUGUCUCUCCUCUCUCCCUCCCAACUUUCCCGGUGUCUCUCUCCCUCCCUUUUCCCGUGUCUCUCCUCUCUCCCUCCCAACACGUGUCUCUCCCCUCCUCCCCUUUCCGGUGUCUCUCUCCUCUCCCUCCCCCUUUGUAUUACUCUCCCCCUCUCCUCCCAGCACUUUUCCUGUCUCCCCUUCCCUAUCUGCCCCCAAUUUACCUUAGAGAAGUCAGGGGGCCGGCCGCAUUCCAGACUGGAGCCACCAGGCCGGGUGGCAGCUUCGCCGGUCCGGCAGCACUCCAGUCACUGAUGGCUGAUGGAGGAGGAGCCUGUCUACCAUGCACCCUCGCGGUGGAACCGCGAGGGAGCAUGGUAGACAGGCUCCUCCUCCAUCAUCAGACAGUGACUGGAGUGCCGCCGGACCGGCGAAGCUGCCACCCGGCCCGGCAGCUCCAGUCUGGAACGCGGCCGGCCCCCUCUCAGUGUGCCAGGGACCGGCCACCCAGUGGCACAUAUGUGCCCUCGCAGCCACCAGGUGCCGCGGCCCACUGGGAAAUUUCCCGGUAUCCCGGUGGGCCAGUCCGGCCCUGAUCACAGCCCGGACAUCAGAACAUCAGACAUCCCACGGCACACCAGGCAACACUGUAUUAAAGCACUCUCAGCCAGGAAAUCCCUGGCAAAGAACUGCCAAAAAGGGUUAUAGGGAUAUAGCAGGGCCUAACCGUAAUUGAUAAACAAUACAGAAAAUGAGGAAAUGAGGAAAAAAGCUCCUCCAAGAACAGGGAAAGCUAGUUCCAUCAAGACCAAUAUCCCUUAAUUAGAGCAGUGUAGAUAUAAAGCUGCAAUAAAGUAUAAAGCACGCAAAAAAUAAUAAACUUUUAUUAGGAUAGAAAAAUAUAUAAAAGCUUGUAAAAACCUAUCUCUAUACACAGUACUGGAUUGCUAGACUCCAAUUAGUGAGGAUAGAUUAGAGCCAGUCAUACACAAUGCAACAUAGUAACAAUAUGGUGUCCAAAAAAUGACAAAGUAUAUUCUAUUGAAGGAAUGUUGCAAAGACAAAGGUAAUGCUAGGUCUAAGCAAAAAAAGAUAUAUACAGAUAUCCCUAUGAAUAGCAAUCACAGAGUAGAAUCAGCUAUAUUCCAACAUCCCCAAGUAUAAAAUAAAAUGGAUUGUAUAAUAUCUAAAUGGGGGGGCAAAAAUCUCUCUAGAUCUAAAAAUACUAAUCCCUCUAAAUCCAAUCGAAAUACUGAGAUAGCUAGAAUCUCAUAGAUAUACUAAACCAGAGCUCUGGAAGAUGGGUAAAUCGAAAGGACAGUAAGAGAAAAAAAAUGAUGAAAUGAAAGUGGGAAAUAGUAGAAAAACUAUUGCUAUAAAGAGUAUACAGGUGCAUGAAGCUAUAGAAUAAAUAAAGGAUUCAGCCGGCAAAAGAAUCCCCUAAUGAAGCGCAGCAUGCACCAAAGCUAGCUGAAAAUCAAAGGGUGUAUAUAGAAGCCCAAAGGCCGACGCGCGUUUCGGCGAAAAAACGCCUUUCUCAAGGGCACGAGCAGACAGAGAGUGUCUGACUCCACAUUCCUUUUAAAAGGUCUGGCGCCCAAUCAUGUAGCCAAUGGGGUGUAGUCUGUGGCUGCCCACCAAUAGAAAUCAGAGGUGGGAGGUCGUAAGAACGUAGCCGCCCACCAAUGGAAAUUCAAGGUGGGAGGUCCUAAGGAAAGUAAUUGACCGAACCCACGUGACUUUGAGUGAUGUCUGCCGCACACAUUGGCGGUUGAUGUGCCUUACCGCCUAAUCAGAGUACCCAGUGGGAGGUCUAAAAGGAACCAAGCUGGGCGGACUCAUAGGAAGACGAACACCAGUGAAAUAUCAUGAUGGGAGGUCCCAAGGAAAAAACGAGUGCUCGGCAGGAUCCGAGCAAAUUAAGCUGAUGUAACAGGAUAUGUCCAAAGUAUUUGACAGAUGGCCGCAUAAACACUCAGCACUGUAUCACAUUAAGUGCUGUGGUAUAGAUAUAUGCAUAUAAUGUGCAGACAUCGUCUUACUGCAAACACAUCCCUGUCAGCCUCGUCAUCCUUCUGAUUCACUCAGUAAAAAAAGGGAAAAGACUUAUAGUAUAUAUAUAAUAUAUAAAUGAGCAGAGUCACAAAGGCUGGUAUAGCAGGAUGUAUCAAACAUAAUGACAGAUGGCCGCAUAAACCCUCAGUGGAAUAUCAUAUUAGGUAUUAAGGGUUUAAAUAUAUACCUAUAGUGUGCAGACAUCGUCUUAAUCUAAACAUAUUUAUGUGAGCCUUAUUAUCCUUGGGACCCCAGGUCCGCUCAGUAAAGAAAGGUUAUUAGUGUGUAAAGAAAACUGAGCAGAAUCACAUAUUAAUAAAGGUAUAGUCGUCCCAGUCAAAAUAUUAAGGUGUAAUUUAUGUAUGUUGAAAGGCAGUAUAAAUAGUAAAUAAAAGAAAGAAAAAACAAAAAAGGAAUGGGAGGAAGACACCUAGUCAACAGAUAAUAAUAAUAAUAAUAAUAAUAGUCGUGGAGUAAAUCAGCAGAUGAAAAAUAAACGAAAAGAAUUAUGUGUCAAAAGAUAUCAGGGUAGUAUCAAUCACAAAAAUAAAAAAUAAGAAAUAGAAUAGAUAAUAGUAAAUUUAAUAGAUAAUAAUAAAUUUGUAUGUUUCUAUAUCAGUAUGGUAGAUUUGUAUAUUUGUAUAUCAUUGCAGAGAACAGAGAGCACUUAAGUACUUAAAUAGCGGGAAUAACUUAUUCAAUCACACAUUGCAAUCGUCUGGAGUACAUAAUAGGGAGAGAAAAAAGGGAGAGUCAUUAUAUCGAGAGUGCCUUAUUCAUUAGUUGUAUCAAUAGAGGGGAACUAUGUCCCUAUAACAACAGUAAUACAUAGUCCCAUAUUGGCAUCAAAGGGUCGGGGUGACCAGACUCCUAGUUCUUAAGACAAAAAGCUACCCUAGAUAAACUGGGCAAACGAGAACACCUCAUUAAGACCUAAAGGUUGUAGUGUCUUGAGUUUAUAUAUCCACCUUGAUUCUCUUUGUCUUAAUAAACGGUCAUAGUCCCCGCAUCUUGGAUGUCUUUUAACAAGUUCUAAACCACAGAAUUUCAAAUUACUAGGGUCGCCCUGAUGGAAUUAUUUAAGGUGUCUUGAGAUAGGUGUCUCAAGGCGAUUCUUGGGCGAUCUCACGUUCCAUGAUUCUUUCUUCAAAGGCUCUAAAUGUCUUACCAACAUAUUUUUGUCUGCAAGAGCAGGACAAAAGAUACACCAGGCCCUUUGUGUUACAAUUAAAGAAGUUUUUAAUCUUGAUUACGCUCUGGCCUGCGCUAUCACUUACUGUCUUCGAUUCUUUGGAAAUAUAUUUACAGGCUACACACCUGCCGGAGCCACAGGGUGGGUUGCCUAGCCAAGUAGUUUUUGGAUUAGACUUGAUCGAUAAAUGGCUCGGUACUAAUAAGUCCCGAAUGUUACGUCCUCUCCUAGCAGUAAUAUUAAUGUGUGGACCAAGGACAUUUUUAAGGUGUACGUCAUUCAAAAGAAUUGGCCAAAAUCUAUCGAGGGAUUUCCCUUGAGAGGUCUUGGAUGCCAACUAUCCCAGUGUAGGAGGGAGUUUGUGGCAGUUGGUUUCCUAAACAAGGUAGAGCAGAAUGUGCCAUCCUCAUUUAUAGAGAUGGUAAUGAGUUUAUUGAACGUCCCCCGAACUCGGAUGUAAAUCUAAGAUUUUCCGAGUUCUGGUUCAAACAUGCCACCAAUUCAGUAAAUUCAUGUGGGGUACCCUGCCAAACAAUCGGGAUAUCAUCUAUGUAGCGGCCCCACCAAAUGAUUUUGGAUAGAUAGUCUUUUAGAACGUCCAGAGUAUGAAUCUGCUGUUCCCACCAACCCAGGUGGAGGUUUGCAUAUGAGGGGGCACAAGCCGUCCCCAUAGCAGUACCCCUCACCUGGUGGUAGAAUUUGGUAUUAAACAGAAAAUAAUGGUGCGACAGAAUGAAUUCAAGUAAACGCACCACGAAAGCUGCAUGUGCAUCCUCACUAUCACUCCUCUGAUUCAAAAAGAAUCUCACAUGUUCCAAGCCUCUGUCAUGAGGAAUUGAUGAAUACAAUGAUUCAACAUCUAAGCUACAGAGGUGUGCCGAGGAAGUCAACUUAAGAUUAGAGAGCAAGUUGAGAGCUUGCUUUGUAUCCCUAAUAUACGAAGGUAAAGAUUCAACCAAAGGUCUCAAAAUUUUGUCGACAUAUAAACUACCAUUCUGCGUGAGGUUAUCCAACCCUGAGACAAUUGGACGCCCCGGAGGUUCUUGUAGAUUUUUGUGUACUUUCGGCAGGCAGUAGAAGGUUGCUAUCUUAGGUUGACGAUUAAGAAUGAAUUCAUACUCGUCACUAGACAGCAACCCUCUACUGCGGCCAUCGUCUAAGAUAUAUUUGUAUUUAUUCAGGUACUCAUUAGUGGGAUCAGAUUUCAAAACCCUAUAUGUCUCAAUGUCACUCAGAACUCGUUCAGCCAUUUCUAGAUACUUAGUCACUUCUAGAAUUACAACAUUGCCACCCUUGUCUGCUGGCUUGAUAAUAAUAUCUGUAUCAUUCUGCAAACAUUUCAGAGCCCGUCUCUCUUUUUUAUUCAGGUUAUUAUUUGAGUGAAAAUAAAUGGGGUUUCAAAGUGAUUUUAUCGAUUUCACCCCUUGCAGCUUCCAAGAAUAAUUCAAUAUUCCGGAAGGAUGCAAAGUUGGGUGUAUAACGGUUCUUAGGUUUCAAAUUAGCACGAUUAAGGGUGGUAGCUGUAUCAUUUUCAUCCAGAAGAGGCAGUAAUGUAGUUAGACACUCAUAGUCAUGGGAAGUAAGACCAAGAUCUUUAGCUUUCUUCUCCUUCCGUAUUGAAUGGUAUUUAUAUAGAGCCAAUUUCCGAACAAAAAGAUUAAGAUCUUUAAUCCAUUAAAAUCUGUCAAAACUAGGAGUUGGCACAAAUGAAAGACCUCGUUCAAGAACAUUAAUUUGGUCCUGAUUCAAUGUAUGAGAUGAUAGAUUAAUUACCUGAGAUUUAGAGUGCAUAGGUCGUGAUGGUUGCUUAUAAUCCUUUCAUUUCAUCAUUUUUUUUUCUCUUACUGUCCUUUCGAUUUACCCAUCUUCCAGAGCUCUGGUUUAGUAUAUCUAUGAGAUUCUAGCUAUCUCAGUAUUUCGAUUGAAUUUAGAGGGAUUAGUAUUUUUAGAUCUAGAGAGAUUUUUGCCCCCCCCAUUUAGAUAUUAUACAAUCCAUUUUAUUUUAUACUUGGGGAUGUUGGAAUAUAGCUGAUUCUACUCUGUGAUUGCUAUUCAUAGGGAUAUCUGUAUAUAUCUUUUUUUGCUUAGACCUAGCAUUACCUUUGUCUUUGCAACAUUCCUUCAAUAGAAUAUACUUUGUCAUUUUUUGGACACCAUAUUGUUACUAUGUUGCAUUGUGUAUGACUGGCUCUAAUCUAUCCUCACUAAUUGGAGUCUAGCAAUCCAGUACUGUGUAUAGAGAUAGGUUUUUACAAGCUUUUAUAUAUUUUUCUAUCCUAAUAAAAGUUUAUUAUUUUUUGCGUGCUUUAUACUUUAUUGCAGCUUUAUAUCUACACUGCUCUAAUUAAGGGAUAUUGGUCUUGAUGGAACUAGCUUUCCCUGUUCUUGGAGGAGCUUUUUUUCCUGAUUUCCUCAUUUUUUACAAAUAAGAUACCUCUAUUAUUCCGUAUAACAGUUUUCAACACAUCAAUAAUUUUAAAAACUUCCAAAUUAAAAGAAGUUAAAUAUUUAAAUUUAACAUAGAGAUCAAGUCUUGUACAAUCGGAUUCAUUGUCUGAUAAUCAUGAAACAAAGAUCUGCUUUCACAUUUUUUAACAUUAUGCUAUUGUUUUCCAAGUUUCGCUAACAAUGUUUAGAUUUAUAUUUGGAGAACAAUUUAAUUUAGUGAGAUACAGACAUAUGCAAUAGCCUAGAGCUCUAUAUAUUGUCAAGGUGUAAGCAAAAACUACUGGGGUGUAGGAUUAAACAAGUUACUCGGUUAUUAUGCAGUAACAUAGAAUACUAAAUGAGACAUUCGGGUCAAAUUAUGGUCAUAAAUGAGACAGCCAGGCUGCAGGGGAGAUGUUAAAAUUAUUGGUGUGGUUUAAGCUAUAAACAAACUUAUACCAAUAAGUGGAGCGCUCCAACACAAAUACAGCUUACCAAAUGGUAUCUCAUUCAAUACCACAAUGUAAGGUACAUGUUAAAAAAAUACAAGAAAUACAAUAUAAUGUAGACGGUAUGGAAAGUGAUAAUAUAAUAGUAAUAAUGGUAUUUGGUAAAUUGAACACUCACAUUUCUCAAGCCUGUAUAUAAAAACACUGGCUCCGUAUGUUGGCUGAUGUGCUUAUAAGGGUAGCACCACCUGUCUCCUUCGAUGUGAGGUAAUUCUCCAAAACAAAAGAAUAUAGAGAGAGCAGACCAAUGUGUAGAACGUGCUUGAUAAGAAACACAAUAUAAUGAAGAUAAAUGGUGUGCUCACCUGGCCCUGAGCCUGUAGGUCCCGGCUCUAGGUAUAUAGGUUCUGUGUCACUUUAAAUGGGGGUGACACUGCCCCUGGGAAGAUUCUUUUUGAGGUUUCCAAAAGAAGGACUUAAAAUAAAUGUUAUAAAAAUUAGAUAAAUUUAUUAAGAAUAAAAUAAAAACAAUGAUAAUUAAAAAGUCCUCUUAAAAGUCCUCUUUCCAAUAGCCAAUACGCGUUUCACUCCUCCUGUGGAGCUUCCUCAGUCAGCUGUGAUAGUAGUCCUCUGAAUCUUCCAUCUUAAAUGUUUUUAGGGUCCUCCCCUUUAGUGAGUUCAAUCCAUUUCCUCCAAUCAUAAUAAGGGUUAUAUAAUCGUUAUGUAGUGGAAUUUGUGUGUAUCCCUUUAAUUGGACCGGGUUUCUGGCGCUUUUUCUUGUGUCCCAAUUUCAUUGGUGGGUGGUGGUUGGUUGGCUGAAGUUAUCCGCGUCCGUUCGGGUGGUUGGUGGAAGUGACGUCACGGACCCACGUGACCAUCACUCCGCUUCCGCCCGAAGGCUCCCUAGUUCCCCGGUCAUGCCGCACGUCAUCUCUGCGUGCAGGCCGGGGGAAGGGAACCAUCUAUGUGCAAACAUGAUGUGUGGCCACUUCAGUUGGUGCCGCCCUUAGGGCGUGCCUGGAUGCCGGCCGAGAAGCCCCUCCCCCUGAUACCGGUCAAAUGCACUGUAAUAGUAUCCAGUGCAGAUCCGGUCGGGGGGGAGCUCUACUAAAUAUAAAUAAGCUGUGGUAGCAAAACAUAAAACAUAAGUGUAUUCAAUAAAGCAUAAAAUAUAUAAAGAAAUAGUUAAAAGAGAAUAUAUAUGUUAUCUCUUAGUGAUAUUGUGGAGCCAGCAAGAGUAGUUAUUAGUGAAUAUUAAAGUGCUUAGUGUAGUGAUGUUCUUAAAGUGAUAGUUAUAUAUUAGUGAUUGUUGAAUGGUAUUAAUAAAAAGAUUGAUGAAAAAAAGUAUAAAUAUAGAGUGGUUCCUAUAACCAAAGUUAUAUUGAAAGUAUAAAUGGGAAAAAAUUUUUUUUUUUUUUUUUUUUUAAUAGUCAAUAGCUGUUUUGUGGUGAAAAAAGUGUAUGAUGGAAUCCCUAGUGGAGGGUGUUUUAAUGAAAUGGCAAAGUUUGAAAUCUAUAUUCAAACCUUGGGGUCUUAGAGUCCCAAGGUUGAAUAUCCAUUUCAUUUCAUUUUGUCCUAAUAGAUGUGUAGGUGAGUCAGCCAGUUCCUGUAGGGGUAAAGUCCCAGCCUCUGCCAUCGACAGGCACUCCUGUGAGGUCCCUGCACGGUGCUUAAGUACGCCAGUAACAUAAGAGUCUCGUCAUGAGGGUGACUUCUUGUCCAAGAUUUGUGUCUGCCAGCAGAGAUAAUCUUGAGAAAUAAUCUUCUGAGGCAGUUAUACUGUGGUGGGAGUGUGCAUGGUUGUUUGCUCGGUGUCUGGGUGAGUUGCAUGGAGUGUAGUGUUCACAGCAAUGAGGUACUAACCAAGUUCUAAACAGCCUCCUGCGCCCAUUCUUCCAUGUCACCAAGGCUGUUCCCUUCUGGGGUUCGCUGGAAUAGUUGGGUAAAAGCCUGUGCAGUCUGCAAGCUUUUCUCCGUGCCCGUGUGGCGAUGGAAGAGGGCUAUCCCUAUUUCUCAUUCAAAAUUGGUGGAGAGGAGGCCGGGUAGGUGGCUGCUUUAUGUCUCUUCUCAGUGGAGACUUUCACGUCGUUACUUUUGGCGCUGUCCUGAAGCAGAUUAUGGGAAGCUUCAUCUCUUUUUUUCAGCUUAGCCAAAAAGCUUCGGAAUAUGGCGUCAAGCCUCUGCAAGACAUGCUCCGUGGGACUGUGGUGGGCUGAUAGUGGCAUGCUUUGCGCCAUUGAGGCCUGAGUAAGUGCGUCGUCCAUCUUGAGUCAUCUUGCUCUGUCUUGUAUCGGCUGAAAACUGCAGGUAUGUGCUGCAAAGGUAGUCUGUAGCUCACCAGUGGGGACGGUGAUGUCCCACACCGGUCCAAAGGGGGGGAAGCAGGCUGGUAAGGUUACACGACAGGUGUGUAAGUGAGAGGAGUGGCUGCCUCCCUCCCACCCCCCACAAAUCCACAUUAGGUAGGCUGUGACAAAGUGAGCUGGGCUCCUGGCAAUAACAGGCUUGAGUGUGGUGUCAAUUGAGACACUCUAGAACCUCCGACGUGAGCAGUGCACCAAAGUAAGUUUUGAAGCUUAAUUGCCAAUGAUUUCACCACAGUUUUGUAAAUUUAGACAGGAGCUCAUGCCACACACGUCCGACCAGCUCAAGGUUCACGCUCCACCCCCAUUUAAUUUCUUUUUAAACUUGCUUGGAGUUAUGAAGUAUCUAUUUUUUUGGGGGGGGGAGGGGUUCCCAUUAUGAUUUUUAUGUGAAAGGAAUGUUCACAUAAAAAUCAUAACGGUUUGUAAGAUCAUAAUAGUAUCAUUAUGUAAAAUUGUAAUCGUAAGAUACCAAUGAAAAUCUCGGACAUGCUAAUAUUAAUUCUUUAAUUGAAGAAUGCAUGUCCUUUAAAAUAAGUAAAAUAUUGUCUGCAAAUAAACAAUUGUAUUUACCCCCAUUCCACAUUUUCAUUUUCUGAGCAAAAGUAACCUCGCCACGGGCUUUGGAGGGGCAUGCUGGCCAGCCUCUUGCCAAAAGAUUAUGGGCCCUUUAAAAACUUAUGUGAUUUAUGUACUUUUGUACUCCAGAAAGAGAGACAGAUCGUUAGCCCUAAUUCCUUGGAACUGUUUUGGGCAUAGGACCAUGUGCACGGUCGGUCAAAAUUAAGACAUGGAAAUCCCGAACCCCUGAACCAAUCUGGGUGAUUUUUGGAUAUGUUGGUCCCCCAGAUCAGGGGACCUGACAUUUGUGAGGUUUCUAUGUGUUUUGGGGGUACUUUCGGGAUAUUGUGAAAUUUAUGUUUUCUGUGCUUGGAGAUAAUGGAGUUUAGUACAGUUCCUGAUGCAAUUAUCUCUCAGGCACAGGGGAGCGAUUAUCCUAUUUUGUGUGGGACUGUCCAGGACCUGAGAGCCAAUGUCAUUUCAAUGUAUACUUUUUUUUUUUUUUUUAUACCAAGACAGGAAGAAAACAUACAUCGCAUUCAUAGCAUGAGUAUACUACAAAGAUCACACUCAUAUGUAUACAUGUUAACAACAGUGCUAUACCUAUGGGCAGAGUAAACAUAACCAUGAAUAGAAUAACCUCUGUAACCCAUAAAUUCAAUCAGUACAGUGUGUCUCAAAGCCGAUCUUGGAAAUUUACAACAUUUGACAACCCGCUUUGGGAUUUUUUUUUUGUAUAUAAAAAGAAAUCAUGUGCAAUCAUGCUAAAGAUAUGGUAAAGAGUGAGUGCUGUUCGCUCAAUAGUCACUUCCUCCUUUAAAACUUCAGAGGGUAGUGUAAUAGCUUAAUUUGCUCAUUUUCACUCCUAAUAGUCCCUGAGAAAUCAUUCGCUGCUUAACUGUACAUGAUGAACAAGAAAUAUGGUAAGAUAAGUGGGUAGAAAAGAUAAAGAAAUUAGAGAAGAUGAGUAUGGAGGGGGGGGGGAGAAGAGGAUAUGGGGGGAGAGGAUUCGGGAGGAGCAUCAUCAGGGCCUUUUUACCUCUCCCCUUGCAAGAGUCGAACAAAUCCAUUGACCGUAUCUGGUUCGGUCUCUAGGGCUGUUUGAUUCCCAAGACUUAGCUGUGGCCUCCCAAAUCUCCUGCCACUCUAUGCCCUCUAAUUUCUCACCUAGAUCUGCCUCCCACUGUUCUGUAUAUGUAAUCAUUCCCCAUUCUAGCGUUUGUGAACUCAGUUGGGUAUAUAGACAUGAGAUUAGCCCACUCGGAAACUUUUCCCUGAGGUACAUUCCUUCAAUGAAUGUUAAUUGUGCUAGGGCCGCUUUCUUAACUCGCGGAACUUGGGCAUAAUCCCUUAAUUGCAAAUAUCGAAAAUAGUCGAAAGAUCUCAAUGGAGCCCUAGUUUUCAUGUCCUCAAAGGUCACCAAUGAGCCAUUUUCGAAAAGAUGUCUCCAUCUCUGCAGUCCCGCGUGCUCUAGACCUCUAAAGUCCCGUGCUAUCAUUCCUGGGGGGAACUCUCUGUUCGUCAGGAACGGGGUCAUCGGCGAGGGGACGAUGCUAAGCCAUAUUUAAUAGCAGCUUCAUCCCAUAUCUUAAGGGAGUUUGAAAUAGCGGGACAUGCUACCUUGGUAAUCGGCCUGUGUUCCUUAGGGGUCCACAUCAUGAACCGGGGAAGAUCCGUUCUCAGAAGGGAGGACUCCAAGUCUACCCACCUUCUCUCCUCCGGUGGGGUGUGCCAUAGUGCUAUCUGUGCCAGCUGUGUAAUAAUAAUAAAGAUUCGGGAGACCCAAUCUCCCUCUCUUCUUUGCCCUGAAAAGCACGUUACAUGAAACUCUGGGUCUUUUGUCAAUGGGUCAAUGGGGUGUAAUUUUGUUGAAAUAAUUGAGUGGGGUCUGCUGUCAAUCUAAUACCUAAAUAUUUUAUAUAGUCCUUCGCAAUUUGUAUACGGUAGGUCUUCCCUAUAAACGCGUCAGUCAUGCCUAUGGGAAGUGCACUAGAUUUAUUCAAAUUUACUUUAUAUCCGGCUAUGUCACUGUAGUUCUUCAAUACGUUCGUUAGCACGGCCAUUGAUUCUUUUGGGUCUGUCCGAGUUAAUAGGACAUCAUCGGCAAAUCCCGAAACUAUGUACUGCUUUCCUCCUACCUUUACUCCUUUAAUUUCUGGGGUGUUCAGUAUUUUUUGCAACAGAGGUUCUAGAGAAAGGGCAAACAAUAGUGGCGAGAGAGGGCACCCCUGACUAGUCCCGUUGCCCAGUUGGAACGGUGUGACCUUCCUGAGAUCCGAAUUCUUGCUUUAACAUUGGUACACAUGGUCCGGAGCGCUGUAACGAACCGGGCCUGGAUGCCAAAGUGUUCCAAGACCUUGAAUAAAUAUACCCAUUUGACCCUAUCGAAAACUUUCUCAGCAUCUAGAGACAGUACCAGGGUCUGUGUGCCCCUGGCAACCUGUCUCCAGAUGAGAUCGAUAUUACGCCUCGUAUUUUCAAACAGCUGUCUCCUUGGCACAAAUCCCACCUGUUCCGGAUGGACUAGUCGUGGGAGGAUCGGAUUCAAUCUGUUCGCGAGAAUUUUGGCUAAUCAGGGAGAAUGGUCGGAAAUUUUCAGGUAUUGCAUCGUCCUUUCCAGGUUUUGGUAAUAAGACUAUGUCCGCUAGGGACAUGUCUCUGUCCGGUAUCUCUCCCUCCAUGAGAUCGUUGCACCAAGAUUCCAUGUAAGGCACAUGUUCUUCUCGUAGGAUCUUAUAAUAGCUACCAUCAAAGCCAUCGGGGCCUGGUGCUUUGUUGGUUUUUAAUGCAGAUAUGGCCACGUCUACUUCCUCAGCUGUAAUCUGUUGUUGCAAAGCGUCUGACUCCGCUCCGAGCAGCCUGGGGAGAUCCAACUGGCUCAGAAACCCUCUAAUCAGUUCAGUUUCGCUGUGGUGAUCUGCUGCAUUUACAUUGGAGUGAUUGUAUAGUUUAGUGUAGUAUUCCGUGAAGACUGUAGCUAUUUCCGUUGGGCUUGUUCGGUACUGACCUAAUGCAUCUUUAAUUUUCGUGAUAUGUGAACCUCGUUGUCUUGGUCGAAGGGAUCUUGCCAGCACCGUAUCCAUUUUAUUAGCUUUCUCAUAAAAGUUCACUUUAGACCACACCAUAGCUCUUGCCGUGUCUUCUAAUAAAACGUUGUGUACUGAAUUCCGCAAAUUCUGCACUGCCGCUAAGCUGCUCUGGGUAGGAUCGGAUUUAUGUUUCUGCUCUGCCUUUCUUAAGGAGGCUAAGAGGGAUGACGACAAUUGUGUCUUGCGCUUUUUCUUCAGCGUUGCUUCGCGUAUCAACCGCCUUGUGGGCCGCCCAUACCGUGGCCAUUGGCAGGCCGGACUCAGCUUCGUGAGCGAAAUAUUCCUUCAAGUCGUUCUGAACUUUAGCAACUAUCUGAGUCUUGAAGCAAAGAGGUGUUUAAUCUCCAAGAUCUGGGAGAUGCCGCGCUCAGCAUGGUCAGACCAUGUUUAGAGCCUACAGUAGAAUCAGCUACUUUAGGUACAGUCGGGGGGUUCACUAAGAACAUAUCUAUCCUUGAAUAGGUAUCAUGUGGGUGUGAAUAGAAUGUGUAAUCAACGACGUCAGGAUGGUAAGAUCUCCAGAUAUCUAUUAGGCCUGUUAAGUAAAUGUCAACAGGGUCAGGCUUACCAUUAACUUUAUAUUUAGAUAUUCUCAAUCUUACUUCAGGCAUUUAUGAUUGUUUGUAACUGAUGCUCAGUUCUGAAAUCCAUCAUGUAAAUGUCUGCUAAUAAAUCAGGAUGUUUGCUUCCUGUUGCAUUGGUAAAUUUGCUGGUACACAUAAUAAAAUGUAGGUAAAAACCAUAUUAUUUGCACAUGCUCUCAGAUAAAAAGCUACACAUUCUCAUAUGCAGAUAUUAACAAAUAUGCACACCCUCACACACAGGUAAACACUCCCAGACAGACACAAAAAUAAUCAUUGUUAGCUACACACAAAGAGAUAGACUCAAUGUAUACUUUGUUAUAGUCCCCUCUCAGGUCCAGUGGGGAAUGCCCCUGGAAUAUGUCAAGGAAAACCCCUUGCAUGGGGACUUGCAUAUAAGGCCAGUUGUGGCUACCAAUAAAUCCGUUCCCCUUCAUCCUCAACAUAGAGCCUCGUCUCAUGUUUGGAGGGGACAGCUAUAUUCACUCUUGGGAUUGCUAAAAUCACUAUACUCCCUUGGAUUACAACACUUGCUCUUGUAAGAGCACCCUGCUUACUCUCUGAACUAGGAGAGGUCUAUCCACUGGAAGCUGGAUCCUGGUCUUUGGUCGAGGGUGGGUGGAGAACUGCGAGACCCCAACCAAGCUAGAACGCUGUCUGUGGGGUUUAUGGUGGUUAUGGUGUCUGGUGGAACUCUGUGUUGCUAGGAAGCAGCAAUUGGCGGAGGCACCCAGUCGGGGUGCCAGGCGGUCUGUCACAGCAUUGAUGACCAAUGAAACAAAUCUUCAUAUCCUCAUUGUCUUGUAUGAUGGUUGCUUACAGUAUAUAUUUUUUAAGGGACACUCCAGACCUCUAAAGCACUUUACAAUGCUGAAGUGCUUUUUGUGUGAUGAGUGUGUCCCCUUGAUUUCAUCUUACAAAAAUAAAUUUUACAUUCAAAACAUUGAGUGGCACAGAGAAGUAGCAAACAUACUAGCUCUGCACUCAAACUCCAACUACUCCUGGUCAUAGUACACUUCAACCCUUAAAUACAUGCAAUAAAACCCAAAGAAAGAAGAUACUUGUACACUAUCUCAAAUCUAUAUGUACAUUUAUAUUUAAAUAACUGAAACUUUUUGUAUUAUCACUCCAAGUAACUUUUCUUUUUUUUCCAAUUUUUUUUAAUUUUUUUUUAUUCUUAAUUUUGCAUUUGAGUAAAAACAUACAUUCACAUACUGGUGCAUAGCCAAGUAUACUGUGCAACCAGUAUCUUUAAGAACAUCUUGAGAUUGUGUAAAUUAGGUGACAAAUGUGUGUCCAGUCUAUGUGAGCCAAUCGUGUCAAACUACCUUACAUUUAAGGUUACUUAUUCCAAAUUAUGUAGUAGAUUUUGAACACCUCAUCCUAAUACUUUUCUUUGUUGUAUUUCUAGGUGGAUGUUCCAUCACUUAUCACAAAGAAAUUAUUGCAAGCUGCAAUGAAGCACAUUGAAAUUAUUGCAAAAGCAAGGCAAAAAGGUAAAUACAAUGGGAUCAGAAUUAUUGUAUAUGUUUUCUUUCCAACAGCGUGCUCUAUUGCUUAUAGUACCAGGAGUAACAUAUCCCCAACUCAUUGUGAGUAGACAAACCGUUUUAAACAGUUUGACUUCUAACUUGAGUUCCAUCGGGCACUGCUUAAUGCCCCCUCUACUUCAGUUGGAGACCUGGAAGCUCCUAAAGCAGAGCUUCCAUGAGCUCUCCAAUGCAGGGAUAGCUCAUUGGUUGAGAGUGUCGGCUGAUUGGUCUGAGCCAAGACCUAGCCUUACCAGCUGUGGUUAAGACAACCAUCGGAUCCCAGGAAAGAAGUCAAAUAUUUCAAAAAUUAUUUGACUGCUUACAAUAUUAGGGUCGCCAUAGCUUUCAUGACACCAAAAACUACAAUAGUGUGCUUUAGUGAUUAUGGUGCUUGAAGUGCUCCUUUAACCCCUUAAAGACAGCGGGCAUUCUAUGCUGUUUCUUUUUAGGGCUGUCCUAAAUGCCAGCGAGUGGCAUAUAACUUCCCAAAACUUUGGAUUUACCGGGUCCCCGCUGUUCCCUCUGACAGCGGUUGCGAUCCUGGGGUCUGCCUGGGAGCUCAGGCAGUCCUGGUCUGCCUGAUCCCUCCCCUCCUCUCCCCCCCCCCCCCGGCCAUGUGAUCGCGGGCUCCUUGCUUUCACAUGGCCGAAAUAGUCAGCUUAUGCAGUGAUUGCAGGGGGCCUGCCUGAGCUCUAAGGCAGUCCUCCUAAUGCCUGUAAAAAAGUUUAGAAAAUUAAUAAAAGUUAAUAAAAAGUUUAAUAAAGUAAAUAAAAGUACUUGGAUAUUAUAUGUAUUAUAAAGUACUUGGAUAUUAUAGUAUAUGAUCUAAGUACUUUUAUAUGCACAUAAACCUACAUAAACCAUUAAUAAGAGUGUAUUUUAAUAUAUUAAUAUUAAAAUACACUUAGAAUGACAUUCGUUAUAUUAACAAUAAUAAUUUUAAUUUGUUCUAACUGUAUUUUGAUAUUAAUAUACAUAUAUAUUAAAUUCAAAAUUAAAAAAAUUAUAUGUAUACAUAUAUAUUUAUAUAAUAUUUUUACAUAAUCAAGUCAUUUUAUUAAUUACAAUUUGAGGGACCUGCCUCACAACCCAGGCUUAAAGUCCAGAGAAUUUGGCUCGCAAGCCCUAUAUUUAACCCUGUAACUUUCUAGGACACCAUAUAACUUGUACAUGGGGGGUACUGUUUUACUCGGGAGACUUCAAUGAACACAAAUAUUAGCGCUUAAAAACAGUAAAAAAUAUCACAACGAUGAUAUCAUCAGUAAAAAUUAAUUUUUUUUCAAACGGUACUUCCACUGACGAUAUAAUUGUUGUGAUACAUUUUACUGUUUUGAAACACUAAUAUUUCUGUUCAGCGAAGUCUCCCGAGUAUAAAAGUAACCCUCCCAUCCCCCAUGUACAGGUUUUAUGGUGUUUUCAAAAGUUACUGGGUCAAAUAUAAGGCUUGUUUCCUUUUUUCACAUUGAAUUUUGCCCAAUUGGUUAUGUUGCUUUUGAGACCGUAUGGUCAGGGCCGUCUUUAGUGCAGGGCAAACGAGGCAGCUGCCCCGGGUCCAGUUGCUCCUGGGGGGGCCCAGAGCAGCUGCCCUGUGGGCCCCGCGAUUUGAGCAGCCCCCAUGUACCCGGUGGGGCGGCUGCACAGAGGCGCACCGGCCCACCAACUGAGGAGGCCCCCCAGGUGGCCCAUGCACUAAGGGCCACCCGGUAAACAUGUGUGAGCAGGGGCCCGGUCGGGCGCUGUGACGCUUAAACAGCGUGAUCGGGCCCCUUCCUGUACCGGCUGGGAGGAAGAGAAGUGACGCACAUCACUCUCUUCCUCCCACCAGAGAUAAUAGCCGCACGGGAGGAGAAAGGCAGGAGGAGGGGAGUUCCAGAGGAGAACUCCCAUCUGCCUCAGCCUGCCACUGGACCCCAGGGAAACCACCCUUCAUAAAAAGGUAAGAACUGAAUGACAUUCAAAUUUUCCCUCCUCAUUAGGUAAAAAUUCUGAGUACCUACAACAGGCUGCUUUGGAGGAAUAUGGGCCUGAUCUCCAUGUUGCACUGAGAAGUCGCAGAGAUGAGAUGUCCUACCUCAGAAAACUUACUGAGCUUCUAUUUCCUUUUAUCUUGCCACCGAAAGCAACAGACAGCAGGUAAAAAUCUCAGAAAUAACAUUCUACUAGGGAUUUUAUUUUAAAAAGAAUACAUAGCUAAGACAUGAAAUUUGCACCAUUUGAAUGGGAAAGUCUUAGAACACUGACUUAGUUUAAAAUGUAAUUAAUUUGUUUAAUGUAACAGAAAAUAUUCUUAAUUUCCCCAGACCGUUGACAUUGUUGUUAAGAGAAAUCCUAUGUGGAUCCGUGUUUUUGCCUGCAUUAGAUUUCCUGGCAGAUCCAGUAAGUCUGUUACAAUAUCUAAAUCAAGAAUACUUGGUCUGUUUCUUUGCUAUAGAUGAUAUAUCUGUAAGAAUGUUUUAGAUAAAAAAAGAAUUUCCGAUAAAAUAGCCUUUUAAUGCAUAGCAAGUAACCUAGAAAUUUGGGGUGUGGUAACUGUUAAAGUGGACUAUUCACUUAUCAACUCUUAAUAAAGCUGUGAUAUAGCAGCUAUCCAUUUUUAAAACUGUUCAAAUAACGAGAGGCUCCAGAUUGAUGAAACUUCAUUCUAAUAAGGAAGGAAUUAGCCUGCUACUGACACUUGUUGAGCAAGUGCAGUACCAGUUAGAUCUCUAAUUUGUUUUAAUAUUUUUUAAAGUUGUUGUUAUUAUAUAGUUUAAUGCAUUAAAUAAGAUAUAGCAGGUGUACAUUUUUAAAUAUUGCUUACCUUUGUAUCCUGACACACAUGGUAUGUGUCACGGCUCCCGGCAUCUCUGCAGAGAUGUUUCAAACUUACCUUGGGCUCGGUGGGAAGCUACCCAGUCUCCCUCCGUUACGGUUCCCAACAGGUGCGACAUUCUUAGGAACGCCGGCUUGUGAUCGAAUUUUUAUAAGAAACUUACCUUCGCCCACAUCAAAGAUGGCGCUGACAUACGGCGUCAUGUCAUAGACACGCACGCACAUUUUGUGGUUAGAGACAACCAAUUAUAGCUUAAGGAGGGUUAUUUAACCCCUUAAGGACCAAACUUCUGGAAUAAAAGGGAAUCAUGACAUGUCACACGUCAUGUGUCCUUAAGGGGUUAAACACAAAUUACCUUAUUGUCAGUGCCCUGUAGUGGUUUCCAUUAGCUGGUUAUCUGAGUGUGUGUUCCUGAUUGCGUUUUUCUGGUAUUUGACUUUGGCUUCGUUUUGACUUCCCUGACUUCUGGUAUCCUUGACUUCUGGCCUUCCUCAUCGUUCUCAUUUUGUGUCCCUGACCUCGGUAAGUAUUUUGACUAUUCUGCGGUACGCAAGUCCAGCUAUUCUAAGGUCUGGUUAGAUGUUAUCCUUAGUCCUAGGUGUGAUACUAUUCUAUACGUGCUGGAUCAACUAUAAUCCUGACAGUAUGUCAGUGGUCAUUAGAGCCGUAGUGAAUCGAUGGUCAUUGUUGAAGGCAUUCUCUAAGGCCCAUAUCAACUUAUGCCUGUUUAAGUGAUUAUGGUUCCAGUAUGUGCAGUGCUUGCUUUAAAAAAAAAUGAAAAUCCUGUCAAUACACAAAUACUUUUUUACUUGCACCAUACUUCACAUCCAAUAGAUUGCAUCAGUCCACACUGAACCAGAGUUCCAGGCUGACAUUGCCCUUCUAAAUAUAGUAAAAUCUUUAUUCAAGUUUGCUGGUGCUGGCUCUGUCCCUGAUCUGCCUCCUUGGCUGGCAUCAUCAGAGGUGAUGAUCUCAGCCUAUUGUCAAUUCUGAUGAUCUCAUCCAAGGGGGUGGCCCGGGGGCAGAGCCAAAUGUCGCUCUGUCCAAUCCCCAUCAAUGCUUCUCUAUGAGUUAAGUUCAGUAUCUCCCACCCCGGUGCAUGCUGAUUAUUUGUUUUCUGUAAAAUGCUUUACUUUGAUCUAUUCCAUUCAAUAAGCCAUUACAACAGAUAUUGCUUUAUCUGUAGUUAAACACCGUCCAGCUAAAUAAUGAAUUAUCUUUAAGAUAAAAAAAGAAAAAUAUAGUCUGGAUUAUCUUUACAAGUCUAAAUGCAUUGUAUUAUAUUUGUCUCUAGGAUAAUGUGAACAGACUGCUUCUUAUCUUCAUAGAUGAUAGUCCGGUAAGUUUUUUUACGUUGUUCAUAUCUGUGUAGUGCGUUUGACAUUAACCUUUUAUAAAUUAGAAACAUAGUUACCAACCUGUUUUCCUCAUUCUUUUGUUCUCUUUCAGCCAGAAGAAGCAACUGAGCCAGUUUCACAUCUAGUACCAUUUCUCCAAAAAUUUGCAGAGCCAAAAAACAAGAAUCCUUCAGUAGGUAUUCUUUUGAAUAUAAUCAAAAUAUAUAGAUGCCACACCAUAAGGAAGCAUUAAUUUCAUGUGUGUAUAUAUAUUUGUGUGUGUGUAUAUGUAUAUGUAUAUAUAUAUGUAUAUGUAUAUAUAUAUAUAUAUAUAUGUAUAUAUGUAUAUACACGUGUAUAUACAAACAUACAGUGAGGGGGGAAAAGUAUUUGAUCCCCUACUGAUUUUAAACGUUUGUCCACUGACAAAGAAAUGAUCAGUAUAUAAUUUUAAUGGUAGGUGUAUUUUAACAGUGAGAGACAAAUUAACAAAAAAAUUCAGAAAAACGCAUGUCAAAAAAGUUAUAAAUUGAUUUCCAUGUCAAUGAGUGAAAUAAGUAUUUGAUCCCCUAUCAAUCAGCAAGAUUUCUGGCUCCCAGGUGUCUUUUUUUUUUUUUUAUACAGAUCACAAGCUGAGAUUAGGAGCACUCUCUUAAAGGGAGUGCUCCUAAUCUCAACUUGUUACCUGUAUAAAAGACACCUGUCCACAGAAGCAAUAAAUCAAUCAGAUUUCAAUCUCUCCACCAUGGACAAAACCAAAGAGCUGUCCAAAGAUGUCAGGGACAAGAUUGUAGACCUACACAAGGCUGGAAUGGGCUACAAGACCAUUGCCAAGCAACUUGGUGAGAAGGUGACAACAGUUGGUGCUGAUUAUUCGCAAAUGGAAGAAACACAAAGUAACUCUGUCUCCCUCAGUUUGAUGCUGCAUGCAAGAUCUCACGUCGUGGAGUUUCAAUUAUUAUGAGAACGGUGAGGAAUCAGCCCAUAACUACACGGAAGGAUCUUGUUAAUCUUAAGGCAACUAGGACCAUAGUCACCAAGAAAGGUCCCCCUGCUCAAGAAAGCACAUGUACAGGCCUGUCUGAAGUUUGCCAAUGAACAUCUGAAUGAUUCAGAGGAGAACUAGGUGAAAGUGUUGUGGUCAAAUGAGACCAAAAUCGAGCUCUUUGGCAUCAAAUCAACUCUCCAUUGUGACGGUAGUAAUCUGUAUUACCGUCUAGUAUUCCCUUUUUCCCAAUAGCAGAAUAGCAACAAUAAUCCACAGGAUAAAAUAACGCUGGUAUAGACAAAUAAUCCACACAUGAGCCAAAGCUUAAUGCUGGAACAAGACUGAUUUACUGGAAGCAACAGGCAUUCAAUUUAUACAGUAACAGACUCCUCCUCUGGGCCAGGCUAGAUAAUUGAGUUUCAGCAACUUACUAAACUCAAUUAUCUGCUGGCCAGAAACAUUAACAAUUUUCCACAUUUUUUAAAAUAUACUUUAUACAUGUCAUAAGAAUAUAAAAACCCUGCCAAACACACAGCCAAGGAUACAAAGGAGUUGCUCAAAAAGAAACACACUAAGGUCCUCGAGUGGCCUAGCCAGUCUCCAGACCUUGAUCCCAUAGAAAACCUGUGGAGGGAGCUGAAGGUUUGAGUUGCCAUACGUCAGCCUCGAAACCUUAAUGACUUGGAGAGGACCUGCAAAGAGGAGUGGGACGCUCCUGAGAUGUGUGAAAACCUGGUGGUCAACUACAGGAAACAUCUGACUUCUGUGAUUGCCAACAAGAGUUUUGCCACCAAGUAUUAAGUCGAAGGGGUCAAAUACUUAUUUCACUCAUUGACAUGCAUAUCAAUUUAUAAUUUUUUUUAACAUGCGUUUUUUCUGGAUUUUUUUUUUUUUUUUUUGUUAUUCUGUCUCUAACUGUUAAAAAAACCACUUACCAUUAAAAUGAUAGGCUGACCAUUUAUUUGUCAGUGGGCAAACGUUCAAAAUCAGCAGGGGAUCAAAUACUUUUUUCCCCUCACUGUACAUACACUAUGUCUCUAAGUUUAUUUUAAUAUUCUUUAUCAAAUUAUAUAUAUACAUAUCAUACAAAAUACACAAUCCAGCCCACUCGCUCAUUCACUAAACAAUGAUUUUAAAUUUUACAGAUAGUAAUAGUUUUAUUUAAAAACACCUCACUUAGGCAAGUAACAUUUAUAUUUAGUUUAUAUUUAGGUUUAGUAACAUUAUAUGAUCAUAUAUUGCAUAAGCCUGCUACAAUGUCAAUGUACCCCAUUCUUGACAGGUCCUACCCUAGCAGCCUAAUGCCUGCACUUAUGAGUUUAAUCCAUUUACUUGGGAACUAUUUUCUCCUGGGACUCUCUGCAGGUCAAGGCUAAAUAGGAUCCUGGAAUGAGGCACCUGUGACAGGGAGGGGUGCAAAACCAAGGAGCUGGCCUGGACUCCCAAAUAUAUAAAUGAAACCAAGAGGGCUGCACUCACCUGAACAUACAUACAUUAUAGGGUGCUGCUGGGGCCAAUAUAUAGAAACCAAAUGAAACCAAGAGGGCUGCACUCACCUGAACAUACAUACAUUAUAGGGUGCUGCUGGGGCCAAUAUAUACAACAUACAAUAUACAAAAUACACAAUCCAGCGCACUCGCUCAUUCACUAAACAAUGAUUUCAAAUUUUACAGAUAGUAAUAGUUUUAGUUAAAAAUGCCUCAUCUAGGCAAAAAAUAAUGGGGGUUUAGUUACAGUAUAUGAUCAUAUAUUGCAUAAACCUGCCACAAUGUCAGUGUACCCAGUUCUUAACCCCCAUUAAUUUUUAUAUAUAUAUAUUUAUUAAAUUCUAGGUAUAUAUUUAUGUAAUAUUUUUACUUAAGUCAUUUUUAUUAAUUACAAUUUGAGGGACUUGUCUGAAAUCCCAUGCAGAAGUUCCACAGAAUGUGGAUCCCAAGCCCUAUAUUUAACCCUGUAACUUUCCAAAACACCAUAAAACCCGUACAUGGGGCGUACUGUUUUACUCGGGAGACUUCGAUGAACACAAAUAUUAGUGUUUCAAAACAGUAAAAUGUAUCACAACAAUGAUAUUAUCAGUGAAAGGGCAAGUUUAAGUUUUUCACACACAAACGGCACUUUCACUGACGACAUCAAUUGAUGUGAUACGUUUUACUGUUUUGAAACAGUAAUAUUUGUGUUCAGAGAAGUCUCCCGAGUAUAACAGUACCCCUCAUGUACUGGUUUUAUGGUGUUUUCAAAAGUCAGAGUCAAAUAUAAGGCUUGCAUUUCAGUUUUUUCACAUUGAAAUUUGCCAGAUUGGUUAUGUUGCUUUUGAGACCUUAUGGCAGCCAAGGAAUGAGAAUUACCCCCAUGAUGACAUACCAUUUACAAAAGUAGACAACCCAAGGUAUUACAAAGGGGGUAUAUUCAGUCUUUUUUAGUAGCCACUUAGUCGCAAACACUGGCCAAAAUGUUCAAUUUAGUAUUUUUGCAUUUUUCACACACAAACAAAUAUGAAUGCUAACUUUGGCCAGUGUUUGUGACUAAGUGGUUAUUAAAAAGGACUGGACAUAUACCCUAUUUGUAAUACCUUGGGUUGUCUAGUUUCGCAAAUGGUAUGUUAUCAUGGGAGUAAUUCUCACUCCUGGGCUAUUAUUUGGUCUCAAAGGCAACAUAACCAGUCUGGCAAAUUUCAAUGUGCAUACACUGAAAAAUGCGACGUGCUAUAUUUGACCCUGUAAUUUUCCAAAACACCAUAAAACCAAUACAUUCGGGGUACUGUUUUACUCGUGAGACAUCGCUGAAUACAAAUAUGUGUAUUUUGUUGCAGUAACUGCUAACAGUAUUAUGACAUUCCCAGUUAAAAUGCCAUGCAGAACUAAAAAAUUUAAAAUUUCUUAAUUGCUCACAUUGUUUAUAUUUUAUUCAUAUUAAAUUAUGUUUCAUAUAUAAAUAUUUGUAAUGAAAUGAAAGCCCUGUUUCUCCUGAUCAAAAUGACAUAUAAUAAGUGUGGGUGCAUAUAAUAUGAAAGGUGAAAGUUUUGUUUGUUUUGUUUUGAUCUGAAUUGUACAACUGCCUCAGUCCUUAACGGGUUAAACACUGUCUCUUCAGUUGUCCCUUUAUAUGUCCUAUUAUUCUUUUGAAAUGCUUACCAAACCAUGACACUUAUAAUACUAAUAGAGCUAUUUUGCAAAUAUGGAUAGCCCUGAAAAAAACUUUUCUGACUUGUCAGUAGAUGCGAUGGGGAUUUUCCCCUAAUGUUUAUAAAACCCUCUGCGUUAGCACGUGUAUAAACUGUUGUAAAGUUAAAUGAAAGAAAAUGUAUGUAUAAUUAGUAAUUUGUCCAUUCACUUCUGUUUGAGAAACAGGUUUGUCCAGUCCUAAUGUUCAUUGACAUCAGAGAGAACAUGGAAAAAUAUGCAAGAAACAUAAAUAUAAAAAUAAGAACAUCCUAACCUGUUUAGAAACUCCACACCCUAUGAACUUCUAUGUCAGGACCCUGAUCCCUUUUCCCAUGGCAUCUCAUAUCUAUAUAAUACACUUCAACCGCAACAAGUGAAUCCCCUCCAUCUUUUUUUCCAAAAAAAAAAAUGCAAACAAGCCAUAGGAGAGAGCUUUACUGAGGCCCAAACUUUGAGAACCCCAGCACAAUUGACUGGGCCUACUAGCUCCCUAGUUGCUUAACACAUGACAGGAAAAAUGUGAAUCUCCCCUUCCCCAUUUUUUAAAACCCAUGCAGACUCCCCAGAAACAACAAGACAGCUCCACAACAAAAUUAAUACCUCUCCAUGCGCAUCCUCCCCCACCCAUUUUGGAAACUAAAAGCUGUACAUGGUAGCUUUGCCUUGUAAGCAAAGUUUGUCAUUGUUGUACUGUAGUUAUCCCAAAUUUUACACAUUUUAAAAUGACUCUCCACUGCCUCCUACUGAAACAAUUUACUUUUUUUUAGUAGACAUACCCCAAAUGAAAACAUGCAUGCAUUUUUCUAUGCAUUUUUUUUCAUUGGAGUUAUAUCUAAAAACAGCUUACAAAAGCUACAGAUCUCUUGUCUGCAGCAUUUGAACCCCUCCCUUUCUAACCCAGCACAGACUUUCUCUAGCUGUCCAAUCACAUACUUCCCAUUGUAGCUCAAAUAGAUGUGUUUGCAAGGCAUGUGCCCUGGGCAAUUGCUGCCUCUUGAGUUUAGCUCCACUGAGUUAAAUAAACCAGGACUUACAGUUCCGGCUGUUUGCUUGAAUGCUUGGAGAUGUAACAAGGUUAAUUUAUGGAAGUGCAAAUUUCUGUUGAAAUCUUCAUACAUAAAGCAUUUAAGCAAACUAAAGUGCUUUAGGGGUCUGGAGUGUCCCUUUACAUCAAUAUAUCCAUGAAGAAGUGUGAAGAUCCCUGUGAGUUAUAUUCUGUCACUUCACAAAAAAAAAGUCUGUACAGCAGAGAACAUAAGGGUGCAGACUGUAAUUUAUAUGGUAAAUUACGAGAAAAAAGUGUUGUUUUGAACUGCAAAUUUAGAAAUUAAUCAUUGAUUGAAAGCAAACAUAUCCGCUUUUACUAAAAAUGAAUUAGAUAAAAAAUAUUUAUAGGUAGAGCCUAUAAUAAUAUGUAAUCAUUUUGUAAUUUUAAAUAAAAUUUGUUUCCCCUCAAGGUGCUGAAACUUGAAUUGAGAGAAAUCCGGUCCGAGCAGGAUCUUUUAUUCCGUUUCAUGAAGUUUUUAAAACAGGAGGGAGCAGUACAUGUAUUACAAUUUUGCCUGACAGUGGGUAUGUCUGGUUCUGUCUGAUACCUACCAUGUAUCACAUACAUUUUCCUUCUUCUUUAAUUGGGAUGCACUGUUUCUGAAAUGUUGCGCCUUACAGUUCUUCUUGUAGGUUGAACUCCUUUAUUGGUUCUAUGCAUUUAAAUACAUUAUGGCUUUUAUGCCCUUUCGUAUUUUAAUUCUAUCUCUGCCAUACAUCCACAUUUUCCCUCCAUAUUCUCACUCAUCAUCCUUCUCCGCUUUUAAUUUUGUCCCACUAUGUUUGCCAACCUCGCAGCACAGAACCCCAUCAUCCUGUCCAGCUUCAGCCAAAUAAUUGAUACCAUCUUUACCUACAGUGUACCCUCUGUAAAAAAAAGUCAUUCCACAAUAUUUUUUGCAAGAGUAGUGCAAGAUGCAAUCGUAUUGAAGCUCAAAAGGAAAAGGCAUUGCAUCUUUAGGGCCCUUGACAGUGUUUUAUACUAAAAAUAGACUACAGAGAUGCUUCUCACUGCUACUGCACAAAACCAACAAUACAUUGCAGGUAGCCAAGAGGUUAGGGUUCAUGACAUAGUUAAAACAUUUGGAUACUGCUGGCAUCAUCUGUAAGUAUUUAAAAAAAAAAAAAAAACACUGUCAGCCACGACCCUUUUAAAUGAAGGACAGCGGGUGUGUUUUUUGGAUGGCUUUGCCGAAGGUAAUUGAUUUUCAGAUACUCCCUUUGAACCCUGAUCAUAACUUUUGUUUAAGAUGCCCUGCAACAUUUUUACUCUACGAUAUCUUAGACAGAACUCAACGUUUCCUAAAAACUCCUGCGCUACUAGUCCACUCUAAAAGUUAAUUGUCACUGCAAGCCUGGGGGUUUGUGCAUAUUUGUAGCACUGUCCAUGACAUUAUUGCUAUUCUUUGAAACAUUUUUGAUGCCACACAUUUUCAUUUUCCAGCAGAUGUUUCUGUAUAACUACACUCUCAUAAGUAAAUAUAACACUUUGUGGCCAGUAGCAUUGGUUUUAAAAAUAAACUUUAUACAACAUACUAUGUAUUGUGUAAGUUAGGUGAUACAUGUAAUGCAGAGUAUUAUACCAUUUAUGCUUAACAGCCUAUUUGGUAUGAUAUAGUUCUAUAACCAUUUUUUUUUCUGUGCAGAAGAAUUUAAUGACAAAAUUCUCAGACCUGAGUUAUCGGAUGAUGAAAUGCUGUCUCUGCAUGAAGAGGUGAAGAUUAUAUAUCGCACAUACUGCCUGGAAGAAAGCAUUGAUAAAAUAAGUUUUGAUCCUUUCAUUGUUGAGGAAAUUCAAAAUGGUAAGUUCAUACAUUUUAUAAAUAAAAUACAGCUUCACCAGACAACUAGCAAUGUGAUGCAUCAUGGAGGAGGAAAACCACAGGUCCAGUACUUUUUUUUUUUUUAAAGUUUAUAAAUAAUGAUUAAACAAGUACUCCACUUGUCAAAACACACACAAACAUUGUCGGGUUAUUCACUAAAGUCAGAAUUCUUGAGAAUUCAAAGUAAUUUUCACAUUUUAGACCAAAAUAGCCCAUCUGGAAGCAUAGCAAUUAUUCCAGUUCUGCUAUUUUAACCUUACAUUUUAAAUUCCCUACAAUUCUCACAUUUGUAAAUAAUCCUGCAUGUGUUUUUUGUUUUUCCCUUUUUCUUCUUUUUUUUUUUUUUUUUCUUUAAUCUUCUAAGGUAAAUAUUCUAAAUCCACCACUUAAGACCACUAGGAGUUAAAUAAUAAUAAAGGGAACGGGUUUGAUAGUAUUUUAACAAAUAUUGUUUUUGUUUUCCCUUCUAGUUGCUGAAGGUCCUUACAAAGAGGUAGUGAAACUACAAACAAUGCGCUGCCUUUUCGAGGCUUAUGAGCAUGUGCUUUCCCUCUUGGAAAAUGUCUUUACACCUAUGUUUUGUCACAGUGAUGAGGUAAAAUAAUCUCAAUGUUAAAUGUGUGAAUAAAAUGACAAGACACAAAUGUUUUAGUUUCUAAAAACAGUGACCAUGUUGUGUAAAUCAAUUCCUAUUUUAUGAUGUAUAUAUGUAUUAUUUUGACUGUGUGCAUAAAUUCACCACUAUAGAACGGAGAAGGAUUAAGAUCCCAUGGGGCCAUAGGCAGGCCAUUAGUUUGAGCCCCUCUUUUAUCAUGCAACUUUAUGGUUCUGGGGCCCUGUCUAACCCUGUGCCAUAGGUAGCCACCUAGUGUCACCUUAAAGGGACACUAUAGUCACCAGAACAACUGCAGCUUAUUGUGUUCUGGUGAUUAUAAUCAGUGCCUUCAGACGUUUUGCAGUAAACACGGUCUUUUCAGAUUACAGCCUAGGAACACCUCUAGUGGCCACUUGAGGUGCUUCUUGAGUAAGUGCUGCACACUGUGCAGCACUGACAUUCAGCUUUUCCACGCUCUGCAUGGAAACACUGAACUUUCCUCAUAGAGAUGCAUUGAUUCAGUGCAUCUGUAUGAGGAGAUGCUGAUUGGUCGAGGUGGCGUUUGUAUCCGCGCCUACUCCCUUGGCUGAGUUAAUCAAUUCUGAUGUCUGCCAAGGAACUUGAUCGAAGGCAGAACCAGGUGUGAGGAGACGUGUGCUGUGCUCGAAAAAGGUGAGUAAAUCCCCUUUCUGAGUAGAGGUACGAGGAGCCGACCACCUAAACUGGUUUUAGAACUAAAGUGUCAGAAAUACAUGUGCCCCUUUAAGGUUAAACCUGCUCUGAUAUAGAACCAAUAUAUAAUACUGUGCAUUGUUAACCCUUGUGGACUUAGUGGACACUUGGAUUAGUAUUCCAGUUUUUAGUCAUUUAGUACCUUAUUGCCUUGUAAAGCUCUAUCCAGUUUUGCAAUCUCUAGCAUGAACAACCGGUACUGAUUUUUCCAUCUAAUGACUGACACCCAAACAUUUCAAACAAUUCUGCACCCGUAUAAAUAUAUUGUCUUGUAUUAACAAGAAACACUCAAUGUGAGAUCAAUUCAAGGAGCUCAAAUGAAUAAAAAUAAUCUAUAUAAGUUAAGGUCUAAGCCAACAUAUCCACAAAAUAAGAAACACACAAUAUAAUAAAUGUGUGUAAUUCAUUAUAUUUCUCUCUGAAACAAAUAUGGCUUUUCUUUUUUCAAAAUGGUCUCUAAAACGUACAGAACAAAAUAGACUGCCUAUAAAAUAAAAACAGAAAAACACAGUACGUGGUGACCGAAUCCACAUUUUAACACAUAGGGGAGAGAGUGAUCAAAGUAUUCUGUUCUAAAAAGUGGUCUAAAGUACAAGAACAUGACAUUUUAUUUAACUCUCAAGCAUAGUCUGUAAUUGGGAAAUAAUGACCUUUUGUAUAAAGUCCAGCAACCAUGAAUAGGUCAUCACUGCAUAGAGAGAUUUGCACAGAGGCUAGGAUUUGCAUAGGGGGACUUGCUGCAGAGUACAUGUACUUGAUCUUUUCCCCAAGCUAUUAAAACAAAGGGUUGCAUCUGUUUAACAGAAGACCAUAAUUCGCUAUGUAUUUCUCUAGAUUUAUUUAACAUUUAUGCAGUUUGAACCUAUUUUUACAUGGCAAAUGAUUAUUUCUAUCCACAUUAUAAUGUUUCUAUUAAGCUCUGAAUUGUAUCAUCCUUUUCUUGUGUUAGUACUUCAGGCAGCUCCUGGAAGGUGCAGAGUCUCCAACACGCAGCUCAAAAUUUAACAGGUAAGUCCAUCCAUACAUGUGUGGUAAAUUACUCUUUAAAGAGAUUUUGAUGUAAUUUAGAUUUUAGUUAUAAACUAAUGUACCAUUGUUCUUAUGACUUGUAUAAGAAAGAGUGUAUUUGUGUGCAAAGUCAGUGUGUGUGCCUGAAGGGUUGAUGUGUAUAAAUGAGGGGAUUUAAAAUUUUAAUAUCCCUGUGUAUUUGUGUUAAUUAAUAAUAUCCGUGAAUGCAGGAUUUAAUCUGCCUAUUCACCCUGUAAAUAUGUCCAUUCAACAUUGCACCUGGAUCUACUAUCCGUUAAAGGGACACUCCAGGCACCCAGACCACUUCUGCCCAUUGGAGUGGUCUGGGUGCCAACUCCCUUAACCCUGCAAGUGUAAUUAUUGCAGUUUGCAUAAACUACAAUAAUUAUAUUGCAGGGUUAACUCCUCCUCCUAGUGGCUGUCUGCUAGACAGCCACUAGAGGACACUUCCGGGAGCUGGCGGGUGUGAUCGGUCUCCCCGGGGGAUGACGUGGUGACAGGGAGGAGCGUAGGCGGACCCAGAAGCAGCGCUGAGGGACAUCGGCGCUGCCUCGAGUAAGUCACUGAAUGGGGUUUUGACCCCUUCAGCAACCAGGGAUGGGAGGUGGAAGGGAGAGGGGACCUGCGGUGCUAGGAAAAUGAUUUGUCUUCCUGGCACUGGAGAGUCCCUUUAAUGCAGAGUGUAUGCCCAUUCACUCUGUGACCGGAGGGAAUUGGUCCAUACCAUAGAAUGUCUUCUCACCUCAAAAUGUUCUUAUGCUUACUCACCCUAAGUCUCUAAUUAGAUUCUGGAGACCCUGGAAAUAUGCUAAAUCACACUGUGAAUCUGCUUAGUCAGCCUAAAAAUCUGACCUUGUACUUAAAACGGUGAACAGAUCACAUGCUGUUGCUGGACUGCAGCUCCCAUCACAAUGAACUGGAUGAGGGCAGUGGGAGUUGAGGUAAAAAUAAAACUCCAAAACAGACUGGUGGAAAAUGUUUUAUUACAUAAUUACAAGCUUCACCAGGAACAGCCAGAAAAGGAAGCAGGUACUGGAGUAGCUGGAAGCAGCACUUAAUCCCAUCCCAAGUGCUAUGACAACCAAUAUCUAAGCAGUGUCAUGUAAACACACAACUGGAUUUUCUCAGUGUUUGUCAGACAUCAAAGAUUUCCUGUCGUGCAUGAUGGGCAGCUUAUAGAAACACCAGGCUGGUUAGAGAAGACCACUUGUUACUUGUCAAGGCUCAGUUUCCACUUGGCCCCAAUGAGAUUUUGAGCCCUGUCGAUGGACUCUCCUUUAUUCUUUAGUAUAAUGAAAGUAGUACGUUUGAUGGUACUGCAUCCUCAGCUAAAUAUAUAAUGAAAGUAUGGUUUGUUUUCAGAGGUGAUGCUAAUCUCUAGACCAAGAUGUUCUCAAUUCCCAGUAGUAGCAAUUGUCAGAAGGAAAAGUGCAAUGUGUUGAGGAAGGUUGGAAAAAUGUAGGGACAAGUAGUCUAGUAAAUGUUAUGGCUCUGUAUUUGUGUCUCUCUUUCCUCAUUCAUCUAUCAAUUUCGCUGUUCAAUGAAGCCUAAAACAGUGGAAGUUUUUUGUGCUGACUUUAUUAUUUAAAACACUAUUGAUCAUGAACUGUUUCCAUAUACCUGUUACAGAAAUAGCCUGAGUUUGGAUGAUAUCCGGUGAGUGUUCAAUCAGCAUGUUGUAAUGGCUUCCCUGUGUAGUCAUGCUGUAUUUAAUUAUGUUACCCUUUUGAGUGUAUGAGCCCCUUGAUGGGCUAAACAUAAUUGUUUACACCUAAUUGUUUAUUUAUGUUAAAAAAAAAUAUACUGCCUUUACCAUGUUACCUAAAAUAUUAGGAAAUGGACUACUUUAAUGUAUUUUACAGUACAGAGGAUUAAAUGCCAGAUCUAUUUCUUAAUUGCAGACCAUUGCUAAAUUGACUGUUUCGUUUGGCCAUUUUUAUCAUGUUCACUAGAUUAUUAACAAUAUCUGCACGUGAAUUGCUCUGACUGUCUCCCCAGUUUCUAGAUACAUGUAUUAACACUGGUUCUAAUUAAAGCAUGCAUUGUCUACAUUUUUAUUAAUGUAGAGAAUGCAGUAUGCAUCUCAUUUUACAGACAAUGCUGUAAAGGCAGUAUGGCUGGCUAUGUGUGUGUGCUUGGUAUGUCAUUAAACCAAAAGCAUGAGUUCUGAUAAAACACAUUGCUGGCAAAUGCUGAAAAGUUCAUACAUGUGUAUUUGUUGUAUUAAUCAUCCUGUCUAUUGAAGUGUCCCUCCCUUUAAUAUCUAAGCCCUAUGUGUAACCCAGAUUAAACAUGGGGGAAAAGCCACUCUCCCAAGUAUCAACUGCUUUCUGGUGAAUUUUUUUUUGUCUUUGAAUAAAAUUGUCACAAAGAUUUUCAGCAAAGUAGGUGUGUGUCCUCCAACAAAUCUCGGGACUCUGUCCAUCCCCCACAAAGCUUACUUUUGAGAAUUUGUUCUUUAGGUAUUGCAGAAUUGCUGAUAUUUUUUGGAGACCAUUGGGAGAAUUACUGCACAUGUUCCUGAAUGGUAUCUCACAUUCACAUGUUAAUGUGCAUGCCCAAGCAACCAAUGAGCAAAUGCCAGCUGAGAAUGUUAGUAUGUUACAUCACCGAGAACACAGAAAUAAAGCUAGCUUCCUUUGAUUGUGCAUAUUUUCUAGCAUGUAAACUAUUAUUGGAAUACUACCUUUAAGAUUGUGUACCAUUUACACAGCACUAAAUAUGUUGCCCAGAAUGUUGUUUAAGUAAGCGGUUACAUACAACUUGUGUGAGUCUACCGAGUAUCAAAUCCUAGCAAGCCUUCACUAAACCCACUUAUGACUCUUUCCUCAGUGUAGUCAGUAAUCCUAUUGUUCAUUUUAUAACAUACAAGUGUGAUCUGAUAAUGAGCACUCUAUUAUACUGAAUAAUGGUAAUUUGUUUUUAAUUUUAAUUUUUUUUUAGAGGGGGGGGGGAGGGUAGUUAAUUGUGAUUACCAAGCAUUACGUUAAUUGUCAUCCCCGAUAACUUGAUAAAGCUCAGAUUUUGGUCUCCUUUGCAUACCACUGAUGGAAGAAGUGUAGAUCUGCGAGUUUGUGUAUAGGAAUUGAAACAAAGGCAGCUGGCACCCAGUAUGUUGUGAAACUUCAAUUCUUGUAUUUGUUGUGUUUAGGAAUCUGCUUAGACUGGUGACAUUAUUCCUAACUGCUUGCACACAGGCCAUAACCAGGGCCAUGCUGAACAAUCAAUAUGCACUGUACCCCAAGAGUUAGCCUUUACAUCUAUUGUACGCUUGGAUUAAUAACAGACCAAUUCUGAUUGAAAUGAAUGCUUGUCUCUGCUGGUAGGCUCUACAAUUUGUAAAUCUUUGUACAGGCAAGUUAUAGUCUUGGAAAAACCUAGUUAUAUGCUUUCGUAGCAGCCCACCCCAGACUGUUUGGGUGUGCAGGUUUUGUGGGAUCAGUUUGUAUCUGCAAUUUAACCAGUUUCCUGUGAGGCUUAGACCAUAGUGUGUACAGUGAUGAUUAAUGGAAUGCUGAGCAGCAUGUGGCACUUAAACCUCUGCCUAAUGCCAAUUCUAAGUAGUUGGUAGGAAAAGCAAUGAAUAGGGAUUUCAUUACCUCUAAAGAAAAAAACACACCUGACUAGCAAUGUAGACCUGGUUAAUAUUUAGACAGCUCGUAAAUGUUUAGUGCUUGAAUGGACUGGAAAGGCAAUUAUAUGUGUCUUUAAACUAUUAAAGCCCAUGAAUCGCCAACAGAUCAACAAAACUUCAGCUUCCAGAAAAAAAUCUUGUGUCUGCAUUUUGUUUCCCUAAUAGCAAUUCUUUCCUCAAUAAUAAUGAAAAUCAUCAUCAUCUGUUCCAUGGAAGUGGUAUAUAGUGAGAUGUGAAUUUCAAUACUUGGAAAAUCUUAAAAUAAAUUAAGGAGAACUUAAAUACCAGAGUUUCCACUGGUAAAUUGUAGUUCAGUGUGGUUACAAUUUAUUUUGGUCUAAUUAAUUGGGGCUUAUCCUGUAUUGGUUCCCAAAUUUAAAUAAGUGAAUUAUUACAAGAGAAAAUACUUUAAACCUAGUAAUUCUGUUCAAUGUUCCAUUAAAUAUAUUUCUGAAAAAGGUUUUAUAUAGCAUAUCCCCCUAGAGAAGCAGUGUACAUGCAGAAAUUCUUCGGAAAAACAAUAUUACAUUAGUAUUGUAAGUUUGAAUUCUAAUUAAUGAACUAUUAAAUCUGUUGAUAUAUGGUAACUUGAUAAUCUCAACAGGGCUUAAAAUUUCAGUUCUUGUGCUACUAGCAAAGUUAACUGCCGCUGCUAGAUUUUCACUUGCCGAUGGCUAGGGGCAAGUAGAAAUUUUGAGCCCUAAUCUCAUUGUUGGGGGUAUAGUUGCUUUUGCAGAGCAAGUCCCUGUGUUCCAUACAUGGUGUACACAUCUCCAGUCAAGGCCAGAAUAAAGAAAUUGCAAUGUUUGUACAACAUUAGAUUUCUAAAAAUGAGUGAACACUAUGCAUGGAAAGUGCUGCACAAUCAUCCGAUGCUUGUCAUAGGAAAGCCAUUUACUCUAAUGAGCUUACCCAAGAUCUUCCAUGUCACAUAACAGAGUUUUAAUUGAUCAGUGCAGUAGAAGUGUUUCUAGUGGUUGUCUGUAUGGAGUGUUAAAUGUUUAAGAUGAACUGGUUCUUUAAAGAUUACUAUAGAAUAUCCCAUUGACAAUAUUCAAAAUCUGUCUAACUGCAUAUGUGUCUUGCUGUGUAUGAAGUGUCUUGCUGUGUAUGAAGCUAUUAUACAUACGAAUACCUAGUUUGGAGGUAAUGUGGCACCAGGUUUCUGAGUGAUCAGUCUGCCUUUGCCAUAAUAUAACUCCAUGUUGGGCAUGUAAUAUGGACUCUAUGUAAAUAUGAAUUGUAGGAAGAGAGCUAAAGUAUAUCCUGGGUGGCCGCUAUCCAUCUCCUCUGCAAACUAAGGUUGGGAGUAGUGAUGUCCCGAACUGUUCGCCGCGGACUCCAGUCAGCUGACACACUCCAGCCAUUCAGCAGCAGACUCUCCCACCUCCUGGACAGCAUCCAUUGUGAAGCUGCAUUCUUGGUGAGGUGUCCAGGAGGUGGGAGAGUCUGGGAGGGAGGGUUUGCUGCUGAUUGGCUGGAAUGAGUCAGCAGACUGGAGUCCGCGCGAACAGUUCAGGACAUCACUAGUUGGGAGCAAUUGCCAUAACUUCUUUGGACAGCUUGUCUGCACCGUGAUGUCCACUUAAAUUUUCACAUGACUAGUUUUCUCAAAACGGCAGCUAGUUUGUAUUAGUCACAUUCCUGAUUCAUUAUCUAAAGUUUAAAACUGCUUGAUUAGCCUUUGAACUUGGCAGUAAACUUGGGUUUAUGUACCAUGUACAAACGGCUAUGUCCUGAAAAGGUUGGUUAAAGAAUUAAUGAUCUCCUGUUUUGUUUUUUUUAAACAUCUCAUGGGCUACGAAUACAAGAUGCUCUACCUAGAUUGUUUCAACUCCAAUUAAAUAAUUUUUACUUUUCAAAAUGUUUUUAGUUGUGGGUUAAGGUUUAUGUUAUGUGCCCUCUUUGUCCCUUCUAAAUGUAUUUAACUUAUGUCAUUGAGCAUGGCGGCAGUGGCUGUGUUGGACGAUUCGUGGAAUAUUUACACGUGUCUUGUUGGCAGCCUGACAAAUCACUGCAUGAAGCUUUCUAUGUAUUGCAGCACCGAUGUUAGUUGUUUUUUUAUGUUUGUUUGUUUUUUAUAGACAUUUUAUCACUUUCUGCAAACCUAUUGAUUUAAAUCUGAGUUGGACUUGCGCUUACCUAACUAAACCGUGAUGAUUCUCAAUAUAAUCGUGUGGCAUAGUCACAGAAAAAACCCCAAACUAGCCCUGAUUCAUGCUACUUAUAAGAACGUUUUGCAAAUUAAGGCCUUUGAGUACACUGAAAAAUUCUGCAUUUAUGGACAUAUACAAUAAUGUGCUGCUGCUAUAUGCAAAGCAAUUACAGGGACACUCCUGACCUCUAAAAUACUUUACCUUGCUAAAAUGCUUUAUAUGUAAAGAGCGUGUUUUUUAUUUAUUUAUUUGUAUUUUACAAAAAAGUGCAAAUUUUAAUAGAAAUUGACACUUUUAUAAAUGAACCUUGUUACACUCCCCUGACUGUCAAUCAGACAAUUGGUCCUGUUACUUCCUUCCUCUGUGUUUAGCUCAGUAAUUGCUCUGAGCAACGGCCUUACAAAGACUUCUCAUAGAGAUGCACUGGAAAGUCUGAUUGGACAUCCACAGUUUGGGCUGGGAAAGAAGGAGAGGGAUUACAAAGACUUCAAAAAAAAAAAAAAAGAUGUGAAGCUUUUGCUAGCUGGUUUUAGACAUACCACCAUUGGUAAAGGAAAAAAAAAUAAAAGCAUGAUUAAACACAUGCAAGUUUUCAUCUGCGGUAUAUCUACUAAACAGUGAUUUAUAAACAUAUUUCAUCUAUUUUUUUUUUUUUUUACUUUGCGCAAUAGAGUACUCUUUUAUUGGGUGAAAGAAAUAUAUAUAAGGGGGAUGCAAAGAAAUAUACAAUAUUUUACUGUAUGUUUAAUAUAAUGAGUAUGACACCUCCUGACCUUUAGCAGAAACAUAAAAAUAUGCAUAGUAUAAUACUGUUACACAAAAUAAAUUUGAUCAAUUAUAGAGGUAUUGGGUCACUCACAAUUUGCAGAGCCAUAAACAGCUGGCUCUGACUUUGAAGACAGAUGAAUAAUAAGCUUAUUCAGGCUUACAGAACUCCAAAUAGGUCUACUCCUUUCCAGCCCCUUAAUAAAUUUCAGAGUAUCCGAUGUGGUAAAGAAGAAAUAUACUUUACUGGAUAAAAAUAACACUGGAAUCAAAACAAAUAAGCCUUAAAAUAACAAACAAAAUGUUCUCCACAACACUAAUGCGUUUCGACCAGCGGGUCUUUGUCAAAGUGUACAGUGGAUCCUCAUCUCUUUCUGAGUACUCUUUUCAAUAGGGUAAAAACAUAUCUAUACUAAUGGAGAUCCCAUCUUUUAAGUCGCGAGGAAGCAAGUGGCAUUGCUAUAAAGCAGAAUGUGUAUUGGUCCAUUAUGCAAUGAAGACAUGAUAUAAGCGUGCACUGUUGUAUAUUGAAGGCUACCUGUGCACACAUAUACAAAAUUUUCACUGUAGUGCAAUUUUGCUUGCAUUAAAUAAUUAUGUCCUUGUAUAUAAGUAAUGUUCAGUUUUCAUGGGCAUAUAAUCAAAACUGAAUUGCAUAAAUAGUUGUGGACACCUGUGGUGGUAAACGGACUAACACAAUUCACAAAUAUUUGUAGUGUAGUGUAACAUGUUGUAAAUAUAUGCAUGAACAUCAAUUCAUUUUUUUGUAUAUUCUUCUCUCAGGACUACUCAAAAAAGGGCAGGGGAGCCCUCAGGAAUUGGAAAAAUAGGCCAUAGAAUAAAAGGAGUGUUUAAGAGUUCAACAAUGGAGGGUGCUAUGCUGCCUAACUAUGCAUUGACAGAUGGAGAUGAUGUGGUGAGUAAAAUUAUGUAGAUGAAGCUACCUGUUUUAAGUACUUACGUGUGCAGUGUUGGCACAUGUACACAUUUUAUUUUAUUUUUUUUGUGCAUAUGAUUACAGCAGUGCUUGCAUAGCCACAAUAGCUUUCGCAAGCACGGUUAUCAGUGAAUAUGACUUAAACAUGGCAUGUAUGGAACAUUUUUCCUGUUUUAUCUAUCACUUUAACGUUAGGCUAUUCAGACUUAAAACUUAAUCUGACAUAAUGCUAGGUAGAUACAUUUUUUUUUUUUGUAAAUCUUUAUUUUUGUUGUGCGCAGGUUAGCAAAACAUGCUUGUCUAGCCACGACAGCAUUCACAAUCUGAAUUAUUACAAACAAUGUUGGUCAGAGCAUGGCAUUCCAAAUAACAGCACACUUUUUUUCUUUUUUUUUUUGAGUAUCUGGCAGAAAUGUUAAGAAAAUAAGUAAAACAUUUGGUAGCACAUGGGUAGACCGUAAGCUGCUCACAAGAUAAAGAAACACUUUGCUCCAUGAGAUGCAUAUGAUUGAUUAGCACCAUUUUCAAUAGGUAGUCUUAUCAAGCUAGGUAAACUGCCCUAGGUCACAAUUGUAAAUAGUACAUUAAGCUAGUGUUGCAGGCUAUUCUGGGUUAUCAAGCCAUCAGAUACAAAACAGAUAACAGUUGCCUCAGUUGGUGAUAGAUUAAUUAACUAACAUGCACAGAUAAAGUAGAGCGAUGGAUAAGGCGAGGAGUGUGGUGUAGUAUGCAUGACCCAUAAGAUCCACAAGUCUCUUACGGGUAAGUGGGGCAGACAUUAGAGGCUAGUGCCCGUCUGAGAGUUCAUAGUGUAUAGUCCAGCACGGCAUCCUGGGUCCCAUAUGCCUCCGGUUUCCGGUCGUGAUGGUCAGCCAGCACUCUCCAGCACCUUGUCUCUGUUUGGGUUGGUCUGUACGAGUAAGUCCCGGGUUGACUCGGUGCUGUGUGUGAGAAGCGGCCGGCAUUGUUAGGCCGAUGAUCGUCCCAGACCUGCAUUUCUUGGAAUACUGCAUGGUAAUGGGGAUCUUGGUGUUUUGCCCGGGUCUCCGGUUCCGCUUUGGGCCUUUUCUGGGCCUCAUUGGCAGGUUCUUUCGUGUUGCCGCCAGAGGUUGUGAGCGUUGAGACACCGUUGCGGUAGGCAGUUCCAGCGAGGUGGUCUGCAUUCUGUUGGUCAGCUUGGCCCAGAAUUCCGUGAAGAGUCUGUCCAGUCUGGACUCCAAGUCGAGUUGCUGGCCCCAUGAACACGAGGCAUCCGUCAUUUUAAUUGUGUCUGCAUGUUAAGUUUGGCAUCUCAGUUCAGGGUUGCAAGCUUUUGUGUGUCGUCGGGGGGACCUUCGGUGAGAGGCAUCACAGCCGGCGGAGGGAUCGGCCGCCUCCCUGUGCCAUCCGAGCAGGACCCAGCUUAACCUCGGGCCCAUCCCCGCGUUGUAUACGCUGAGUGUGGUUGUUUUCUCGAUUGUGCGUUGAUGUGGUGGUAACCCCAUGUCCCUGGGGUUGGUAAACAGGCAUUGUGCAGAGUAGUCGCUUUAGUUUUCACAGAUUUUGCCCAUUUGGCCCGGAGCUCGUCUGGCAUGCGACCGCUCAGCUUGGCUGCUAAGCUCCGCCCCCGGUAGAUACAUUUAUAGGUCGGUAGGCUGAGUAAGCAAUGAGUCUAGCAUGCUUCAACAACAUUUGGAAGUACCACUGUUGCCCCCUGCUGAGUGUCUUUAUCUGGAGGCUUUGAGACAGUCACCCUGUGUGAGCCCCGGUGUCGGUGGGUCUAGGCUGUGUGGCAGGUAUGCUCAGCUGCGUAGUCCCUCUGUGUUGCGCUCCACCUUCAGGGAUCAGCAUAGGUGUUAGAGGGGUUGCGAGUGUGAUAGCUGGUCAGUAAGUUUGGAGGGUCAUGGCGGCGGUUCAUCAGGCUCGGGCUUGGGUUGGGUCGUUCACCCCACUCUGGUGCUCGGGAACUGGUAGGUAUAGUCCAAGGGGGUUAUCGGGCCAGAACACCUCAUUGUAUCCCUCCAGCCCCAGGCUUUGUGAGGGGCCUGCAGUAAGUGGCCACAGACUCGGGGGAUCGUAUCAGAGUCCAAGUCUUUCCUGGGUGGGGUGCGAUAGAUGCCCCGGUUGUACUUUCGCCGGCUACGGUGGGGGUUCUCUGCCAUGGUGGCCGGUGCGUGGUGUGUUUCCCCCUGUCGGCCCUCGGCCUAGGUGGGUUUGGUCUGCUGUGGCUCUGGCUUGGUGGGUACAUGUGCCCGGAGGGUGUAGCUUGUCUAGCCGUUGUUCCAGGCUAUUUUGCGAGACUUGGUCUUUAGGUGGUUCGUCUGAUUUUGGCGUGAGUCGUCCUUCUGCUAUUUUGAGUAGCGGUAGAGGCCUUCACUGUGACUUCCGCCUGUGGGUGUCAAGGGUAAGUGAGGCAGCCAGUGGGGUCCGGGAUAACCCCCAGCGGUCCAGGGGGGUGGGGCGGCGGAGAUCAGGACAUGCUGCAGCCCUCUCCAGUGUGCAAUGGAUCAUCCCGAUGUAGCAGGGCAAGGUGGCAGCCGCCCGCCCGUCUCCCGCUCAGAUAGGCCGUGAUCCGCGGAGUGUCGCUUGGUUGACCGGAGCGUCAAAGUUUCAAAUUUGGAGUCUGACAGCAUCCUCUCCGGUAACCUUUUCCCCCGAUUUUGGUCAGCUUGCUGCUUAAAUAUCUCUAUUAGUCGGUCUUUAGGCUUUGGGUUUCAGGAGCUCAGCAGGCAUGCGACUGAUCGGCUUGGCGGUUCAGCCCCGCCCCCCACAUGUGCACAUUUUAACUACCGAAUUUCGUCCUAACAGAAUGAGAACAUUCGUGUUAGGACGCAAUUCAGGACUUUUGUUCGGAUCGGCAUUUCAAUCGAAUGAAAUUCCGAUCCUAUUCGCGCCGCGAGUAGAUUGCUCCAUAUUGCUCAUGGUAUUAGGGAGCUAUCUACUAAAAGGCUGAAAGACCUAAUUUGGUCUUUCAGCCAAAUUUACUAAUACUAAGUAAAGAUUAAUCUGCCCCUACUCGCUAUACCGAGAGUAGGGGUAUGUCUACUAAACAGUGUUGUAAAUGACCCUCCCAGUACUUUAAUAACGUGCCCCUUAGCGGGGCACCUAUAAAAAUAAUUGAGGGGGGGACAAAGUGUCCCCUCCGAGACCCCACUUGUGCACCAAGAGUAGGGGCCAGUAAACUAAACGGGACAGGUGGAGGCCCCAAGAUACAUUGGGCGGGAAGGGACCUACCUAUGGGCGGCAGGUGGGGGGCCCUUAAGUUACAAUAGAGGGGAACCUAUUGGCCAUGCGCAGUGGGCGGGGACUUAAAAUACACUGGGGGGGCUAUUGUGUUUCCCCCAUCCAUGAGCGGCGGAUGGGGACCCUACACUCCCUACACUCUGACACCCACUCAAUAGUCCCUACUUUGUCUUAUCUUUUAAAGAAAACUAGAGCAGACAGGAAGAAAUUAAGAACAGAUCCUGAGAGAGGGAGAGAAGAGGAAGCGAUUGGGGAAAGGUAAGUUUGGCAUGACAGUGCCGCUUUAAGGUUCCCCAGGUUCAUGUUGUUUCGAAGGACUGCCAACAAUUUUCCUGGAUCAAAAUGUCAGAGGAUUUUUUGCACCUUAUUUGUACUUGUUGCAUGUAAAGUCUAGAAAAAAUAAAGUGUAAUAUGUAUGAAUGUUGCAUUAUUUAUUGCAGAUUGAAGAAGGUAUUAUGGUAUCAGAAGAUGAUUCCCCAGUGGAGGUUCUUACUGCAACAACACCAAACACACCACGCAAUCUCUCCGCCUGGAAAAUCAGUAUUCCAUAUGUGGACUUUUAUGAUGAUACUUACCUUGAAAAGAGAGACCGAAAAGAGAGAAUUCCUGUAUAUUGUAUAGAUGUGGAGCGGAAUGAUAGAAUAGCAGGUAGAAAAUUUUGCAAUUUAACUCUCAUUCAUAUUUCAAUUAUAACUGAUUUGGGAUUUAAUUGGGCGUUGAACAUUUUGAAACAUUUAUUGUGCAAGAUGCUUUGUAGGAAACAUGAUGGGUGUGAGUAGUCUGUGUACUGUGCCAAAAGUUGUUGUGAAAGUCAUUGUAUCCAAACCAUAGGAGAAAGCGACAUGGAGCUGAGGUGCUGAGCACUUAUAUCAGUCUUUAGUAUGAUACCACAUGUAACGUGGGCAGGUUAAUGUGUAUGCAAGCCCUGUGUAGCAUGUAGAAGAAUGCUUCCUUCUAAUUGUUCUAAUUGCGGCCUUCCUUCCCUGUGUCACCAUCUUCUUUCUCCCAUUUUUUCCUUAUAUAUCAUUAUUGUUAGAGAGGCAAGGAUCAGACUGUAGUAUUUAGACUAAACAGUCUGCUAUCAUAAAGCAUGCCAUGAUCACGCUCUCUAUUUGGACAAUAAUCAAACUUUAAUCUGAAUUUACAGAUGGUAAAAAAAAAAUCACAAGUGGAGCCACCGAACAAAAACUUUAAAAUGUGUUUUAAAGUCUUCAGUUUUUAAUUAUAGGAAUACAUUCUUUAGUAGUGUAGGACGGUGGAUAUGAUGUCACGCACAUUACUUCAGAGGCAGCAUUUCAAAAGAUGUGCAUGUCUUUAAUUUCUAGUGUAGUUCCAUGUGGCUUCACUUCACACUGAUAUAAUAUGAGUGAUAGCUUCCAGAGACUCUGCCCCUACUAGCUGGUGGCUGCAUGUAGGAUAUGUGGAUAUGUAGGAUAUGUCUAAAAUUCUCUUGCCUGUUAGUGUUGCGUACAUUUUGAGUAUGCUAGACUGAAAUGUUAUUUAAUUGCCAGAAUAAAGAUUAGCAGGAUACAAAGUAGCAUGUCCCUCAAAGUUAAAGGGUCUCUGAGUCAGCUUUAAUAUACAGAUCCUAGAUAUGUUAAAUUAGUUUAAUAUCUUAUCCAGAGAUUGGCAAUACAUUUGCAAUAUUAAACUGUAUAUACAUUUUUGUUUUUCUAGUGGGCCACGAAGCUGAACACUGGUCAGUGUGCAGAAAGUACAUUGAAUUUUAUGUGCUGGAAUCAAAGCUCACUGAAUUCCAUGGUAUGUCUGUUUAUAUACUAUUGUUGUUAUAGAAGUGUUUCGGAUCGUCCAACAGUUACAAUUCUCAAUCAAGGGUUUGUGGAAUCUAAUUGCAGAAUGUGGGUGUGUUAGUAUGGUGCCCACACCUCUUAACCCCUUAAGGACACAUGACGGAAAUAUUCCAUCAUGAUUCCCUUUUAUUCCAGAAGUUGUGUCAUUAAGGGGUUAAUACCAAGUUUCUACUUGUGUACAGAUUCGUCUGAAACUGCUGGAUUAUACAUACACUCUUGCACUGCACAAAUAGUUUCUGGAUCCAGAGCUCGAUGCAAUAGCUCCAGUGAUAUUUCGAAUGAUACAGUUUUCAUUGUUCCCCUCUCAGUUGACAUUGUAAAACAGAUGCUAGUGUCCUAGUCAGAGUUUUAUCUCUCAGAUUACUUAGAAGAACAGAAGUAAUACUUCUAUCCAUAUUGGUUGAGAUGAUUAUUUUAUUUUUAAUAUAAACUGGUGAAUCACUUAAAACAUUACUCCAACCACCAGGACUUAAAGUGAUUUAAAGGGGUCAUGGUAAAAGUAUGUGGAGUGUUUCAUCUUCAGACACUGCAUAUACUGAGGUAUUUUAAUUGUAUGCUAGUUGCACCCCCAGAAAAUGUGACCUAGGCAGCCCAGAAUUCUGUUACGGUCUGCCUAAUAUCAAUUCCGUGUAUAUAUAUUGUAUCUUUCGUCAGCGCACCGAUGACGACAUGAUAAUGUUCACCCUUGCAGAUUGCGUGCAUGCACUCUGAGCUGGCAAAACCGUCCAAAGACAAGCUUUUAUUUUGAUAACUUUAAUUUGACUUUAAAUUCCUGACUUUUCAAUUUAGUGAAUAACUCUGUAUAACCACUAGGUGGCAGGUUGGGACCAGUGUAGGAAUCAUUUUUUUUUUUUUUUAUGAAAGCUGCCUUAUAAAAUGCUAUUCAUCUAAAAAUAUAUAUAUUUAUUUUAAAUUAAAGGUUCUUUUCCUGAUGCACAACUUCCUUCAAAAAGAAUAAUUGGACCAAAGAAUUAUGAAUUUCUAACAUCCAAGAGAGAAGAAUUUCAGGAAUACUUACAGGUACGAUAUUUAUAAAUACAUAGAGCGUUUGAUCUGGGUAUUUAGGGUUUUAGGAUUUUAUAUGGCAUAUCAUGUGUCUUGAUACUCAAAGAAGUACAUAUGUUUAUGUAAUUGGGGGCAGGGUGUAAUGCACAAUUGUGGCCAAAUGCUAAAAUUACAUAAGUUUACCCUCUUCCUUUUUUUUUUCUCUCUUGGAUACUUACGUGUGUGUGUGUUAGCUUUAAAUUAAGCAUUGGCAACUAGAGUACACUAAACACUAAUUCUUAUUUAUUCAUAAUGUUCAGCUUACUAUUUAGCAUAUCUAGUAAAAUGGAGUGGUCUAGUGGUCUUUACCAUUUUUCCUCUUUAUGCCCUCUGUUACAGACUGAGGGAAUCAAAAUAUAAUGUAACCUGUUGCCACUGUCUAUAUUUAAUGUAGCACUCCUAAAAAGGGAAUAGAUCUAUGCCCAUCAUGGCAGAUCUCUUGGCUUGCCCAGUUGACCAAUCACAGGUUGUCUGUAACCACUGCAAAAUCAAACAUUGUUCAGAUGUAUGCUCAUUAGGAUGUAUUAUCCAGUGCCUGCUCUGUAUUCUCCAUUCUCUUUAGUAGAACAAGAAUUACUGUAGAAAGAAAACCAAAUAUUUUGUACAAUGUAUUUGGUUUUUUUUAUCUUCCCAAUUUUUAUUUUUCCAGAAUCUUUUACAACAUCCAGAGCUAAGUAAUAGCCAACUGUUAGCAGAUUUCUUAUCCCCCAACAGUUUGGAAACACAGUUUCAUGACAAGAUCUUACCAGACGUGAACUUUGGUAUGUAUUAACAAUAAGUGAGGAAAGCAAAUAUAAAGCUAGCCUUAAGUAAUUGGUCAAUGUCUGCAAAUUUAUUAAAGGAUAUCGGUCACAAAUAAAUAAAUAAAACCUUUUCAUCAAGUUUUAAAUGGAAAUAUAUACAUUUUAAAAUAAGGUAUAUGGAGAAAAAUUAAAGAAAACACAUCCCCAUCUGUUAGUACAUGACCGGUUCCUUCAGCCAUAUACAUACACAGUAGGUCAGACAAUGCUUGAAAACGGGCCGUGUCUAUGGUUCUGUGCAGGCAAUGAAGACCAUAGAGACUGCCAGUUUUCUGGUCCACGGUGCAUGUAUUUGGCUAAAGGAACCUGACACAUUCUGAAUUUUUCGAACAUGCAUAGUUAUCCGCUAAAAUUUGUUCUUUAAAUAUGUUCUAGUAAUCCAGAGUGAAGUGACACAUUUAGUACAGCGGUUCCUGAACUGCGACAGGCACAGGGGUGCCACGGAAUGUUUCAUAAUCAUAGCACCAGGAAACAUUACUACUGAACAGGGGCUUGGUUGGGGGCCGCAUUUCUCUAAGACCGCGACCGGGACCAUGUAAUGUAGGCCAACUGGGAGGAAGUGACAGCCUGUCACUUCCCCCCAGCUUUGUGCAGGGAGACAGUGCGGGAGGUAGAGGAGGCAGCCGCAGCAUGAGGGGAGAGGGGCACUCCAGGAGCUGCUCCAAACUCCUUACUCACAUCAACCAGCAGGACUCCUCCUGGUCACAUAAGGUAAGCUAACAGGAGGGUGGCUGGAGAUAUUAAAAAUAUCACUUGUGUGUGUCAGGGUGUGCAUCUGUGUAUCAGAAUGUGUGUGUUUAUGUCAGUAUGUGUAUCUGUAUCAUUGUGUGUGCAUGGAUCAAUGUUUGUGUGUGUGUGUCACAAACAUGUAUUCCUGACCCUAUAGUGUUAAAACCACCAUCUAGCCCCUCAUGCCUCCAUAAAUAAAGCAAAAUCUUACUGUAUUCAAGCCAGAAGCUGUGGAUCUGCAUGCUGUUUGCCUAAAAAAAACAAGCAGUCUGCUGACAUCAUCAGAAGUGGUGGCCUGAUCCAAUCACAGUGCUUCCCUAUAGGAUUGGCUGAGACUGACAAAGAGGCAGAUCAGGGGCAGAGCCAGCAUGAUUCAAACACAGCCCUGGCCAAUCAGCAUCUCCUCAUAGAGAUGAAUUGAAUCAAUUAAUCUCUAUGAGGAAAGUUCAGUGUCUACAUGCAGAGGGAGGAGAUACUGAAUGUUUGGAUGCAUUUUAGGCAGCCAUGACCCAGGAAGGAUCUAACAGCCAUCUGAGGAGUGGCCAGUGAAGUUAUCACUAGGCUGUAAUGUAAACACUGCUUUUUCUCUGAAAAGACAGUGUUUACAGCAAAAAGCCUGAAGGUAAUGAUUCUACUCACCAGAACAAAUCCAAUAAGCUGUAGUUGUUCUGGUGACUAUUGUGUCCCUUUAAGGUUGGUGUAUGUUUCGGUGUCUGUAUGAAUUUGUAUAUAUGCAUGUAUAUCUGUGUAUGUAUGUGGUAGUGUAUGUGCAUACAUCCAAACAGUCAUAUACCAGCACUACAUACAGACACACCCCUCCAUUCAAAUGCUAAAAUGAUAUACAAACACACCCCUUCACUUAAAUACUUCACACAAAUAUACGUCCGCAUUUGAAAGUGACCAUUACAUUCAAACACACCCCUGCAAUCAAACACAGACAUUACAUACAAACAAACCCAUGUAUUAAAACACUAAAACUAUAUACAAGAAGCACCCCUUCACACGCCAACACUGUACAUUACACAUUAACGCUGGUAAAUGCGGCAGCGCUGUACAGAUGUGCAACCUAGAAAUUUUGACUUGGCUUGCCUUGGAAAAUAAUGAAAUAUUAAGGGCGCCUUGAUCCUAAAAAGUUUGGAAACCACUGAUUUAGUAGACAAAAUGUUGAAUACUCUGUCUCCAAGUAUAACUUUCUGUGUGCUCUAGAUGCGAUUUGUCUGCUGGAGGUAUCAGAAUAGUCUUCCGCUCCUCCUGAGUAGCCGAUGUUCUUCUCUUGGUGUCUGGUUAAACAAUAUUUUCUUAUCUUUUAUUUUUUAUUUACGGUUAUUUGAUAAUUCUAUAUUUUCACUUGUCGUCACCACUAUUUUUAUUUUGUACAAAGUUCUGGUACAUCUUAGGAAAGGAGUCCAGCGGGAUCUUUAUCAGCUCCACAAAUGUUUAGUAAUAGAGGGAAAGGGACAAAGGUUAUGGGGCAGUAAGGUCCUCUGUACUUUUCUCCUUGCACCUAGUUGCUUAUAAGUGCACUAAUUUUCAAAUAUCUAGCACCUUGAUGAAUCCAUGUCACAAAGAAGUUGUAGAUGUCAAAGAGAGUAUCACUUUCUAGCAGAUGCCCGCUUAUGUUUUCAGCAUAAAUUUGAUAUUCCUUAAAGGACCACUAUAGUGCCAGGAAAACAUACUCCCUCAGGCACCCCCUCCCGCCCGGCUCUGGAAGGGGGAAAGGGGUUUAAACUUACCUUUUUCCAGCGCUGGGCGGGGAGCUCUCCUCCUUCUCUCCUCCUCUUCUCCUCCUCCUGGGCUGAAUGCGCACGCGCGGCAAGAGCUGCGCGCGCAUUCAGCCCGUCGCAUAGGAAAGCAUUUACAAUGCUUUCCUAUGGACGCUUGCGUGCUCUCACUGUGAAAAUCACAGUGAGAAGCACGCAAGCGCCUCUAGUGGCUGUCAAUGAGACAGCCACUAGAGGAUUAGGGGGAAAGCUUAACCCAUUCAUAAUUAUAGCAGUUUCUCUGAAACUGCUAUAAUUAUGAAAAAAUGGGUUAACCCUAGAAGGACCUGGCACCCAGACCACUUCAUUAAGCUGAAGUGGUCUGGGUGCCUAGAGUGGUCCUUUAGGUGGCUGGAAUUAAAUUUAACUAGUUAUUUUAAGUAUAGUCUAAUACUGCAGUGUAUGAGAAGUCUAACCAUAUUUCAUUGACUAUGUUUAUUAAUUCUAGUGAUCUGAAGAUUGAAAACUUGCUAUGUUUUUGUGAGUUAAAAUCAGUUUACCUAUCAUUUUAAUUCACAGGGAAAAUGAUCAAAUCAGUUCCAGGAAAGCUCAUUAAAGAGGUAAAUUUUCCUUGUUACUUAUAGUAUACAUAGAAUAUAAUGUGUUAAGUUAUGAUAGCAAUUAGAAUACUGGUGAUCAGAACAUCAUUGCAGUACGGUUGGGUUUUAAUUAUACAUCGUAUUAGGAACCUGGAAAAUUGCAGGGGAUCAACAGCAAUAGCUUGAGAUAGCAAUAAUAAUAAUAAAAGGAUAAGCUCAGUUUUACUUUAGAAAGUCCAAUGAGCGUAGUCACUUCCUGCUUUAGUGAUAGAUCCUUACAGGAGCUGCUUUAUCUAGGGACUUGUAGUAAAUGCUGGAAGUACUUUUGACAUAAUAAUGUCAAUUCAUAAAAGUGCCAAUUUCUAUUAGAACCCUGCUCACCCCGGCUAUCCAACCAAACAGCCAGGAGAGUUUCUUUAUGCUUCCGUUAGCUGCCGUGAGCACCUCCUACCUCCCACACACUGCAUACCUCAGACCAGUGUCCAAUAUGCUGCUUGCACGCUGACACACACAGCAGGCGCACAUGCACGGAGGGAGUCUUAAUCACUUACUCAGCUUCUCAAAGUAAAACUUCUGCCCCAGGGGGUCUCUGGUAAGAAAGAUGGAGACUCAUAUAGAAUUAGAUUCUGGCCCCUCAAGCAAGUAUUAUUAAACCCCUCCGUAUCAUUGGUUAUAUACCCUGUGGAUUACCAGGAUUAGCCUAGAGGUGGAGUUAAGGCAUAUCUGUAGAGACAAUAAGUGAACACCGCCUUGUGUUCCAGACCAACAUCAAUCCAAAUGGAAACAUUUGAUUCUAUCGCCUUGUAUGUACUUGCCACAGAAAUAAUAAUUCCAUCUAGGAAUUUGUUACAAUUUCUCCAUUCCAUAGAUAUGUUACACUUCUUACUUGUGACCCAAUAUAGCGGACAUCCCGAUCCCUUCCCAUAUUGUUAAGUUUAACCAAUCAUAUUUGGGCUUGUUUAGAAGAUGGUGCUUGUCCCAUUCUAAAUAUAAUAAAAAUGAGGCUUAUUUAUUAUUCUGUGAGCACAUAUUAAUGUUUCUUUUGGAUAUGAUACUUGAACACAAGGCUAAUGAUCAUUAACAUAUCAAAGAAAUUACCUCAUCAAUUAAAAGGUACAGGCUAUGUGGCUGAAACCAGCUAGUUUACAUUGGGACCAGACAUUCAGACUUUUGAAGUGUAGAAUCUCACUCCUUACAGAGCCUUUGAUUGAUCACCCCAUCUGACCCCUUUCACAUUCCUAUGCAAUUUACAUUACCCCUACUGUCAUGUGACCUCUGUGGGGGUCUCCGCUUCAAAGAGGAAUUAAGGCUAUAAACCUUCUGGCCUUUCAUACAAUCAAAUUAACCCCUUUUGACAUUGACAAUACCACCUCUACCAGGCAGGCAGGUCAUAAAUGCACUACACAAAUUACAUUAAGGGACAAUAUUCCAUAGUGCAAUAAUGAACUAUGCACCCAUGCUAUGACACAUGGUUACAAAAUUAUGAAUUUAUUUACUAAAUAAUUGAUUAAAAUGGCAUGCAGAGUUUUAAGAUUUACACCAAACUAGGCAAGUUGGAAUCAUUUUCCUAGUCACCCCUUCCAUCUUGGCUAUUUUGUCAUUUUAUUGUAAGCUUGUUUGAGCAGGGCCCUCUUCACCUCUUGUAUAUGUAAUCAUUUUAUGUCUGCCAUAAUCUGCUGUUAUAUUUAUCCUCUGUAUAAUUGUGAAGUGCUGCAGCAUAUGUUCUCGUUAUAUAAAUGAUGAUAUAAUCAUUUUAUUUCACUGUGCUAUUUCAGUGAACAAGUGACAGGUAAUCUGGUUAAAAAAAAUUAAUUUCCUAUGGUGUAGCAUUAACUAAGACACAAGAAAAAUAUUUACAUUUUAUCUAAGCGCUAAUGCAUUCUAAUAUAUAUUUUUUCAGUUUAUUUUAACCCUGCGUAUAUUCUUCUUAAUUGUAGAAAGGACAACAUUUGGAGCUAUUUAUCAUGACUUUUAUAAACUCCUGUGAAUCUCCAAAACCCAAACCAAGUCGACCUGAACUGACAAUUCUUAGUCCCACCUCUGAAAAUAAUAAAAAGGUGUGGUAUUGGAACCUCAAGAAACUAUGCAUGCAUUGCAUUCUGGGACCAGGAGCUUUGCAUUUUAGGAAUGAGCAGAGGCUUACAUGGCUCGCUUUACUUGUUUGGUUUUAGAGUGUGUGUGUGUAUGUGUAUAUAUAUAUAUAUAUAUAUAUCUCUUGUUAGGUAUAUUGUUUUGGAAAAUGUUCAGAUGAAGAGUUAGCUCCUUUAAAGUGCUCAGUGCUUCUUAACCACAAUAUUAAUAUUUUCUAUUUUAUUUUAUGAAGCAAUGUGUUGGUGUAAAAAAAACUUUUUAGAUAUUUUGCAAGCACACAAAAAUUGCUUACAUGCUGCGCUUCUUUCAGGAAUGUAUAUUUUGAGUGGUCAGGUUUGCAAGCCAAAAAGUGUGAUUUCCGAAAUUCAGCAGAUUGGAAAAAGGGGGUGAUUUUGUUGCGAUGCUCUUUUGCUGUGUAUUUAAUUAGCUUAUUGUAAAAUGACAGUUGAUUAGACACAGAAAUAUUAACUCGAGAAUACAUAAGAUAAUUAUGUGAAACAUCAAAUGUUAUAAGAUUAAUUGAUGCACAAUUGUGAGUGCUGCGUUUGCACACACUGUAUACUUAUUGCUAACUCAUGUAUUGCACACUGUAUUUUAAUUAAAUCACUCUGGCAGGAAAGUACACACAAGUACCUGUGCAAAGAAAUACAUUGCAUUGUAAAUAGAAACCAUAUCUCAAUGUAUUUAAAUAUCUGCGUAAAAUAGAAACAUGCUGGGUUCAAAAUAUUCAAAUGCAUAACAAAUGGUUUACCUAUUUACAAAUAGGUAUUUUCCCCACUUCUCGGUCAAAUCUUCAGGAUAUGCUCUAUGCCGUCGACUUGACUGACAGUGGAGUGCAGAAAAGACCUUUCACAGGCUUUCUUUCUGCUCUCCCAAGUAUUGCAACAACUGUGGUUGCUAUGAAAACUACCUAGCAGACACUGCUAGUGCUGGCCAUGGAGUAUAGGAAUGGAGUGACUGACGUCCCUCUGCUCAGAUGCUGGCAACGAAGCCAGCCUAUAUGUGUCACAUAGGAGGUUUGUACUUCUUGGGGUAGUGUUCCCAAGCAGGGCAAAUCAAAUGACAACAGACUGGAGGUGGGUGUUGCACAAAGAGUAACAUCCACAAGCUCUGAAUAUGGUGGCGCUGGAGCGGAGGUUAGUUGAGUACGUUUUAAUAUUUUACACAUUGAUUAUAUGCCGUAAUAUACAGGUGAGCUGUAAGCCAUAAUCAUCGCACUUAUGACGAAUCACGGCUUGAACUAUCUUGCUUUGCUUGUAAUGCGUCUAUCUCAAAUAUUAGUUUCCCCUUUUACGUUGCAUUAAAUGAACUUUUGCGCGAUAUUCACAUUUUUCAAGUAUCACCUGUAUAUCAUCUUUGUGAUAUAUGGCGUUUUAAAUAUAUAUGGGGCGAUUUAAGGUAAGUUCACUUUCUUAUGACAUGUUCGGUUGAAUUGUGUUUUGUGAUUAAUUUUUUUUUGUUUGUUUUUUUUUCACUCUCUCUUUUAUUGACCUAUUCAUCUUCAACUGUUAGUGAUUUCUUUCUGUUUAGUUUUUAUAAGUAAACAUUUUAUUGAUAGGUUUUUCUAUACACCAAAAUAAACAUAGGAAAUAAACAGAUAAGUUCUUCAUAAAUGGUUUAUUGAUAUGUGGUGAGUAAUUAAGUUAUCCUUGUCUUGGGAUGCAACAUGCAGUUAACCUGGUCUAUAUAGAGCCUUUAAAAGAUGGAGAGUAAGCAACAGGGAUUUAAUCCAUGUGCAAUAUUACACAGCUUUGUACAGCUAAGAAAAUUAUAUUCAUAUUUUAUACAGUGGCAGAACAUGUAUUAGUUGCCCAACCACCAUUUUUCCUAAUGAGUAGUAUUUGUCUUUUUAAACAUUUAUUCUCUAAAAUCAGCUCUUCAAUGAUCUUUACAAGAACAAUGCCAAUCGAUCUGAGAAUACAGAAAGAAAACACAAUCAAAACUACUUUAUGGAAGUGAUGACUGUAGAGGGUGUUUAUGAUUAUCUAAUGUAUAUUGGUAAGUCACUGGAACUUUUCAUUCACAUACCAUAUGGAAUCAUCUCCUGUUCAUUUUGAUACAUGAUCUAAACAUAAAAUGCUGUCAAUGUUAGUAUUUGGGUUAUAGAGGUAGGAAUCUUUAUCAUUCUGUAUCUUUAUUCUUUCUAGCACCUUACUUAGUUAACGUACAGUAUAAGGAUGUCGACAUUUUAAGCAGGUUUAUUAUCAUUGUAUAUGAAUGUUAAAGCUGUUCUGUUGUUUUUUCUUUUGAUUUUCCAUUCCUUGUGUCCCUUUUCUUACAGCACCAGUUUGGGCGUCGUAACUUAUUUUCACUGAAGUUAUGACACCCAAAGUAUUCCAUUAUUGAUUAUAUUUUCCCUCCUUGCCACUUGCCUUUAUAUUUAUUUUUUCUUCCUUGUGCCAGAUCUCCGUAUUAUAGUAUAGCCUUUUUGUUCUCUUUUGCCUAUGAUGUCUAUUUGCCCUUCUAUAGGAUUGAUUUUCCUCAUGGAUUGUGGCUAAAUUUGAUUGUUCUGCUUACUGUCUUAUUUUUUCAGCUUGACUGCCAUACAUAAGUGAAAAAAAGUCCUUACUUUUGCUUAUGUACUUUAUGAAGACUACAGUGCUCAUGAAACAUUUUUCAGACACAGGGAGCAAUGUUACCAGAUCCACUUUAACCCUUCAUAUGCACUGUUCAUUUCAGGACGUGUUGUCUUCCACAUCCCUGACUGGUUUCAUCAUUUGUUGAUGGGUGGACGAAUUCUUUUCAAAGAAACACUCGAGACAUACACAGACUACUAUCUACAACGUAAACUGGGCCAAUUAAUUCAGGAGCAUCGUUUGGUUUCACUGAUUACACUACUUAGAGGUUUGUAAUCCUUUAAUUUGUUGUAAACAACUGUACCUGGGUUUUGUUACAACCUGCAACACCAUGUUGAAUAUACAUUGCAGUAUUUAGAUGCAAAUUACUGCUUACAAAAUCCACCCUAACCAAAGUGAGGCUUAUUAGUGAUGUCACCAGCCAUUAUUGCUUAGAAACAUUGUAGCGUUAACAAUGCAAACAUGUAUUUCUAACGCUAUAGUGUUUUACUUCCUCCCAAAAUGUCAUUCUUUGUAGGGAUGAGAUGUGUGUGUGCCAAAUCAAAUGUUUCUCAUAGGUAAACAUUGAAUCGAUUUAUUUCCUAUAGGCUGCAUCUAAUGUAAAACUCUGUCAUUGAAGUGUAAGUGCUCUAAUGGAUGUCAGGAAGACAGCCACUAUAGGUGUGUAACCCUUCAAUUCAAAACAUCGCCAAAUCUACAAAAUGGCAAUGUUUAAGAAUUAAGACCUAAAAUUAAAGGACCACUGCACCUGGACGACUUCAUUGCAUGAAGAGAUCUGGGUGCCUUUAGUUGUCAUUUUUAUAAAUUCAGCUGAGUGAGAAAACCUCAGACACCGGUUAAUCUGCAAACAAUAUUUUGUUAAAGAUAUAUCCUUUUAUAUAAGCAUAUAAAAUGUAAACUUUGCUAAUCCAGUUCUUACCAGUACUAACAGUAGCCAUCACAAAAUAUAUUGAAAAAUCCAAUUCCAGCCAACUCCAUUGUCCUUAGUCUCCAACACAUCUGUGAAUGACUGGAAGACUGAAAAACAAGAUGGCUGCCACAGCUCAUCACACACAAUGUCUUGACAUAGCUUUAGUGUCCACAUAAGUUAAUCAAAUGAAAAGUUGGCAAGUUUACUUCUGUGCUAUCAUUUCGAUUAACGGCCAAAUCAGCUCUAUAGCACUGCAUCUGUUGCAGAUUAGAUUGAGUUGUUUUCUGUCAGCUGUAGUACACAUAGUACUUGCUUAAACCCAACCAAGAUCAACACAAUGAGUUGGGUAUUGAGUUUAUUAAGAACACUAACAUUAACUUUGAGUCAUUUUGCAAAGACCCACAAUGGUGACAUUCAGUGGCGUACACACAAUCCAUGGGGCCCCGGUGCAAAACUGAUCCGUGAGCCCACCUCCGCCUCUUCCCCUCCCCCGACAGACACACACACAUUCAUACAUACAGACACAUACAUACACACAACACCCAUACAUACAGACAGGCACACAUACAGAAAGACACACACACAAACACAUACAGACCGACACAGGCACACACACAUACAUACAAACUGGCAGGCACACAUACAUACAUAGAUACAAACAGACAGGUGCACACAGACAAACACAGGCACAUACACCUACAAAGACACAUACAUACACACAAACAGACAGGGACACAUACAUACAGACAGGCACAUACACAUACAAAGACACAUACAUACAAACAGACACACAUACACACAUUCAAUGACAGACAGACACACAUACACACAGACAGGCACAUGCACACACACAUACAUACAAAGACACAUACAUACAUACAUAUACACACACACAAUGUUUAAGUCACCCUCCUGUUGCCUACCUUUUAGGUGCAGGAGGGUGACUUUCCCUGGGGUCCAGUGGUGGCUCAGGUUGAUAGAAGUCAGAGUUCCCACUCUGACUCCCUCCUCCUUCCUCCCGUGCGGGGCUCGGUGUAUGCUGGGAGGAGUGAUGUGCAGUCACUUCCUCCCAGCGUGUGAUGUAAUCACAGGGGGCCCGGUUGCGCUGUUAAAGCCCCCAGAGAUGACCGAGCCCCCUGACAAUCCAUCUCCAUCGGGUGGCCCUGACCGCAUUGGCCACCGGAUGGACCCCUUGGACGGCGGCAUUGGCGGUUUUUCCGCCGGGGCCGCAAAAGAUGAUGGCAGGUAUACGCUGCUGGUGACAUUACCACUUGAGGGUGGUGGCUAGGCAGACAGCAGAGGUGAAUAAUACUUGCUCUAUGAUGUCCCCACACAACACACGAUUUUUAAUUCCUAGUGCUUCAUUACUUCGUAACUAGCAACAGCUAUGGGAAUGAGGUACUGUCUUACUCAUCGGGAAGAGGUGAUGAAACUGACCUUAGCCUCGCCUUUUGUCAAGUUAGUGAUGUGAGAUGUUGUCUUACAUCUUUUUGUAUUGAACUUUCAAUGAUUUCAAUUUAAAAAGAAAAUUAGCAACAGACACGUUAAAUAACACGUUAUAGUCAUUAAUGUGUCAGCUCACCUUCCAAUGUCUAGGCAAACCAUUUAGGUGAAUACUAUGCUUUUUAAUUACACAAUAUAACAUUGUUUUUAAAUAAAAAUUUAUUUUGAUUGAAUUUGACAUUUGGCUUUAUAAAAUGUCUGUCUUGAAUACAUUUUUCCUCUGUAUUAUACAGAAGGAGGCAUGUACAUUCGCUCUCGUAAAAAAGGAAGAUUUCUUUUUAUAAUUUUUUUUUUAAUUCCCUCUCAUUGUCUAGAUGCCGUAUUCUGUGAAACUACAGAACCAAGAUCUUUAAAUGCUAAACAGAAACGAGCAAAGUUGACCUUUGAGGAAAUGAUGCGUUACAUUCCAGGUAUACUUUUCUCUAUACAAUGUUUUUACAGUCAGUAAAUGUAAUGUCUUGCGGGCAAGUCUGGCCUUGGCUGCAUCCAGGUCCCUGGUUAGGAACAUGUGUUACAUUUAGAGAAAUUCCAUAUUUAACAGUUUAAACUGAACAUUAAGGCAACAUUUUAGCAGGUUUUUCUUUUUAACUCUUUAAUGUUUACUUUCUUAAAUGAUGUGUAACAUUUUCCAGGAAGCAGCUAAAGUGUGGGGACACCAAUUCUGAGCCCAGCUGACAAAUGGGGGAGCCCUAGGUAUCAAAUGAUGAAACAGUCCAUGCUGAUAAAAUAAAGCAUGACAGAAUCAUUCUGUCAUGAGUCCUUAAGGGAAUGACAACCCUGAUGAAAUGAUAGCUGUCAUUGGUCCUUAAGCAUUAACUAGUGCUGAAUAGGGCAUUCUAAAGUGAAAAAGGGAUAGAGUAACCCUUUGGGCUAAAGUUGUUUGGGUGCUUAGCGUCCCUUUAACCCCUUAAGGACCAAACUUCUUGAAUUAUAGGGAAUCAUGACAUGUCACACAUGUCAUGUGUCCUUAAGGGGUUAAACUAAUCUGAAAUUUGAUAUGUUUAUCAAAUGUAUUUCACAGGCUGUGCAUUUCCAAGUGAUUGUAUAUAUUUAUCCCAUGACCUGAACCUUUCUGGACUUUCCUGUUGUUUUUUUUUUUUUUUUUUCUCUCUUCUAAAAUUUCUAAAUAUAUUUAACAGUACACAGGGAGACGCUGGUAUGCUCAUUCUUUUUUUUGUUGUAAUUUUUUUUUUUAGUGCAAUGUUACAUUUGUUUUAAUUUGCUCUAUACAAGUUCUACUACUUGCUAAAAUAUUCUUGUUUCUCCCUGCUUAACAGACUUAAUAGGGAAGUGUAUAGGCGAUGAUGCAAAAUAUGAAGGUAUUAGACUACUGUUCGAUGGUCUUCAGCAGCCAGUACUGAACAAGCAGGUAUAUAGUGUCAUUCAAUAUGUUCUACUGUUUCCUUUAAGUGUUGCCUUCUUCUCAGAGCUGUAUUAACAACAUCCUUGUUUUUUUUAAUAUAAUAAUUAAGACCUGAACUUUGAAACCCAAUUAUCUUACCAUUUUAUGAUCUGUGACAGUAUUGUUUUUAAGUGUACUUUUCACUUAUGAUGUGGCAUAUUGCUUUCUGCAUUUGAUCGAUAACUGCAAAUAUGUUAAGUAGGAAACAUUUUGUUCUGUAAUAUUGUACAGUAGAGUCUACACACCGAUCUGUCUGUGCUGUGUACCACUUUUUGCAUUUUUGAAUACUGUUCUAUGUAUGUUAUCCUUUUUAUAAAUAUUUCGUAGCAAAUUAUUGCUGGUGCCAGCUUUGUAUUUUUUUUAAGUAUCAUACUGCAAAUAUCCCCCUUUAUUCCAAAAAUUUACCAAGUAGCAGAAUAGCCUAAUACAUUUCAUAAACUUUUGAAGUUACACUGGUAGUGUACACUACCAUGUGCCCUUUUUGAGUGUACAUACGUCUGAUUUAGAUAUUGGGGUACAUGACACAAUAGGUGUUCUCUCACCACCUUACAGUUAACAUUACAGUGUUAGAUGACUACAAUUAUUGCAUUACAUUUGGAAGUGCAAAUAUAUGCAAACGUUAAUGUUUGACUACAAAAUCCUAAAAUCUGACACGUGGCAGGCCCAUGCCAUUUUGCUCUAAUACCUUCUCAGAUGCAUGUGAAACCUAUACUUGAAGUGGUCUUAAAGUGACCACGUCGUCAUUGCGAUCCUAAUCUUUUCUGGAUCGCAGUGAUGACGUGGACCUAUCAGAACAUAGAUAAGCCUAUUUAAGGCUUGUUUUAGCCCCCAUUCAUUGCCAUAUUGUGGUUUCUGUUAGAUCCUCGUUUAGUACUCCUAGAGAUUCCCUUGUGAUUUCCUGUGUUUGUCCUCGGCUUCGUAUUUGACCUGUGAUUUAUGGAAUCCUGACCUCGGCUUCGUAUUUGAUUAGUGAUUUCUGGUAUCGUGACCUCGGCUUCAAAUUUGACUUAAGAUUUCUGGUAUCCUGACCCCGGCUUUGUAUAUUACGUGUGAUUUCUGGUAUCCUGACCUCGCUUCGUAUGUGACUCGUGAUUUCUGGUAUCCUGACCGUGGCUUUGUAUUUGACUCGUAGUUUCUGGUAUCCUGACCUCUGCUUCGUAUGUGACUCGUGAUUUCUGGUAUCCUGACCGUGGCUUUGUAUUUGACUCGUAGUUUCUGGUAUCCUGACCUCUGCUUUGUAUAUGACUCGUGAUUUCUGGUAUCCUGACCUCUGCUUCGUAUUUGACUCGUGGUUUCUGGUAUCCUGACCUUGGCUUUGUAUUUGACUUGUGAUUUCUUGUAUCCUGACCUCGGCUUUGUAUUUGACUCGUGAUUUCUGGUAUCCUGACCUGGAUUUGUCUUGACUCUGUUUCUUGUUGUAUUAAUACGUUAAGUCCGGCCAUUCUAAGGCUCGGUAAUACGUCUUUUGUAUCCACCCUUUGUGGGUUUCCUCUUUCCUGCGUGUUGGGGUACAACUCCCAUGACAGAGAUUAAUGAGAGUGAUGAGGAGAAAAGGAGCGGGAAAGGCAGGAAGAGAGAAAGGUUGAAAGUGUAAGACAAAAGCAGAUAGAGGAUAGAGGGGUGUUUAAUUGUGUGAAACAGCAAAACAUUGAAAUUAUACACUUAUUUGGGGGGAAGGGAAGGAGUUAUAGUGCAUAUCAAGCUGACAUGAUCUGCUUAAUAUGACGGAAGUAAAAUUCAACUUGCAUGCCUUUUGGGUUUGCUGCUUCGACUGUCCCUAUGAACAAACGUCUGCUGUAUAGCCUUGUAUAUCUUCGUCCUUAAUGAAAUCCUUACUACACAAUGAGCACAAUACGUCAGAGAGAUAUUCAAGCUGCAGUUUGUUGCUAGCAUGGACACUAUUGACUGUAUUUAAAUAAAUAUCCAGUGAUGUGAUUUGCACUGUAGUACAUUUGUUUAUUUUUUGUCUUUCCUCUUUAGGAGAGAAAUAGUUGGUGUACAAUUGUUAUAUUUAUAUUACACCAUUAACUUGAACAGGAACCAGUCAGAAAUGCAGACUCUGACACACGCUGUGCUUUCCUCAAUGAUUGGAGUGUGAGAGUAGGGAUUGGUUAAUAUUUUAUUUUUAGCUGCUUUUCCUUAAAGAAAGACUGCUGGAGGAGGUUGAGAGCCUGUAGUUUUUCUGCAUGAAAAUAUAAACCAUUUUUAGAGGUCCUUUUUUUUUUUUUUUUUUUGUAAUAAAUAUUUUGUGUAACAUAUAAAGACAAAAUAUAUAAAGACAUUAUUAAAUAUUUCUCCAUGUUUAAACAAGAUUUUUAUCUUGAGCUGGUAACAUUUACUUUGUCAUUUUCUUUCAGCUGUCCUAUGUUCUUCUGGAUAUUGUCAUGUUGGAAAUUUUCCCAGAGCUCAGCAAGGUAUGGCGAUCAAAUUAUCAUUAUUAUAUUCAUGCCCCAGACUGGAAGAGAAGACAUUUUUAACAUAAACAUAGACAUUUUAACUUUUCGUGGCUCCAACUAGCGAUCCAUAAUAAUUUUUUUUUCUUCUACAAUUAAUUAUCUUUGACCAAUAUUACAGUGACCCGUAUAAGCAAUGAUUAUUCUGCUUUUACUGAUUACUUUUUUUAAAACGAGAGAGAAAGUGUGUGUGCGCACGUGUGCGUGUGUACACACACACACACACAUAUAUAUAUAUAUAUAUUAGUAACUAUGAUCACAACUUUCAUCAAUAACUUUAAGGGACAACCCAGGCAGGAGUUCUUCAGAUAGAGCUUUCAAAAAUCCAAAUAUUUUUUAAACACAUAUCUUUUGAAAUUCCUGCAUUUGCAACCAAGUAUGGACUUCACACAAGGAAUUUCCAUUAUUUUCUAAGGGAAUGCAAAGCAUAUACCUCCGUCCUCAACCCUUGCAAGCCAAGCCAGGCCAGCCAGGGCUUAUUGUUUAUGUAGUUUUAAUACCUUGUUUCUCUGUUUGAUUUAUGUCUUUGCAUGAGUUGCAUUGCUCCAUAGAUAUAGAGUCCGCAUUCAUAUUUUUACAAUCUACAUAGAGAGAGUCUUUCAAAGGAAGGCCAUUUAUGUUAUUUUUCCAAUCUUUGGGCACACACCAAAAGUACUUAUACAAUCACUAAAGAGCAUGCCUUCCCCUGUGGUGUAUAGGGGAAUGAGCUCAUAGCUUCAGUGAUAUGCAGUAGAGUUGUACAGUUGUGCAGUUGUACUCCACAGAAAGAAGAGGGCCCCAGAGAAAGAGGAGCUACCAUAAUCACAACACCUACAAAGAGCAUGUGUUGUUAUAGUACUUAGAGUCCAUUUUAGCUUGUUGCAUAGGAGGGAUUGUCUGCCAGCCUCUUCACAGGUAUUCUAGUGACUGAUAUAGUUUGCAUUGCCAUUGACAUAAAAUCUGUAAACUUCUGUGAAGAUGCAUGCCUCAUAUAAACUUGCUGUGUAACAACUUUUAAACAUGAUUACAUCCGAAGUAGUCUAGUUAUAUAAACUAUUUCCAUUUGAUAGUCAACUGGUAUUGAGGCUUACAUACUAACAUUCAUAGAUACAUCGAAGAGAGCAAUGCACUGCGUUACGUCACUUGUCUUAACCUUAGUUUAUGUGCAUGUUGUAAAAUAUAUAUUUCAUUACAUAUAUGUAAACUGUAAGUUUUUGUAUCUAAAUCUAUACUAAAACACAUACUUUUAUUUAUUUUGACAGGUACAGCUUAGUAUAGCUUUUCCUGAGAUACACUGGUUUGCAGACUAGUUCAUAUUUGUUGCCUAGAAGUCAGUUAUCGACUUUAUUCAGUUAUCUGUAAAGUCUAUUAAACAAUUAUAUAUCUUAAAUGAGCAACAAAAGUUCACGCUCUGCUUCAAAUAAAGUUUAGAAGAACUAACAUUUUAGUUUUAUUUAUUUAAACCAACUGAAUGUUCCUUGUUUUCUUCUCCAAGUAAGCACAUUUAAAGAGUUGACACAGGGGGGCGGGGCCGGGCCGGGCCGCCAGGCUGCAUGGCAGCAGAACCUCAUGUCUCCCAGGCUGAGCCCAGGAAAACGGCUAAAAAACAGCACACAGAAUACAAUAAAGCUGGAUUCAUCUACAUACUGAUGAAGAGGAACGCAUAAGCUAUCCGAAGAUACCACACUGAACCCGGUGAUGGGAACAUUGAGUCUCCUAAACCGGGCCUACACGCCAUAAUGAGCCUGGCCCGCCUGCAGACUUACUCCAAAGGAGACGGAACACAGAGGACUAAACAAGGGAGACUGACUGAGGCACCUCGUACAGGCCCUGGCGGUGCCGGGUGCCGGACAGACCCCCCACGCUGAGCUCCUGACCACUAGUGGAGCGGGCAUCUGAGCCUCUGGGUCUGUGGGGUCCCCGGAGAGCUUUUGUCCCUGAUGCCGCGAGCCCGGUGGGGCAGGGCCAACACUGCCCUCCCGACGGACCGGUGGUCGGGGGGGAUAGCCACCAGCUCCAAAUAUGUGGCCGGCACCGGGUGAGACAGCAGAGUGCGCGCUCGAAGUGGACUCACGUGUAGCUGGGGAGGUGCAGGGAGCAGACGACCCACGGAUUUUGUGGUUGGGUCCAAAGGACGGUUCAUGCUCCUGAGUGCCCACAGUGCCGCGGAGGGCCCAGCGGGCGGGGGCCGGCUGGGGGAGGACGAAAGGAGGCCUGGCGACCCAGGGACAGUAUGAUGGAGACGCAGUGAGAGACUCCUCACAGACGGCCAUGCAGGCCGACAUGAUGAUCCAGCAAGGCAUAAGUUACCUCAUCAAGAUGUGCUUUCUUACCUCCAUAUAUGAACACUGCAUUAGCUCCCAUAUCACUAGGGAACUAAUGGAACAUGCAGGACUCUAGUUUAAAAAUGUGUAAGCUAGGUCUAGGCUCAUACCCUUUAUUACUGCUUAACGAUAUACUGCUCCUUAGUCCAUACAUACUCAGCUCAGUUUAAAAACGAAUAUGUCAAAAGUCUGACAGUUUUUAUUUUAGUUAUUCAUUUAUUGUUAGUUUCAAUUUAUAUACAUUGGUUCCACAGCAUGCCUACGGUGCAAUUAAUAAGUCACUAUUAUAAUGCUAAUAGAUAUGAUUUACUAUCGCCUGACUAGUGCAAUACCUCUGCCAUUUAAGCUUACCACACCGUACGAUUAAGCAAUUAUUUGAGUUGGUGUGAAACAUACAUAUAGUUUUUUUGUUUGUUUGUUUGGGGGGGGGUUUCUUUCUUCUUCUUCACAUUUACAGUAUAUUUAGCAAUGGUAUACACCUGAUUGUGGCAUUAUAUACUAAAUAUUUACAUAGGUGCACCCUGGCCUAAAACUGAAUAUGACCAAAGAAGGCAAUACGUGGUGACUACAUUAGAUAUCGUUAAGUUUAUAUCAUUUGAUAUUAUUGAAUGUUAUUUAAGGUUUCCGUUCAAUUCGCGAGAAAACUUGAUUACAAGUGGCUAAAAAUUGGCUCACAAAGUGACCAGCAGCGCAUGAACACAGCACUGAACUUAAAUGCUUAGGUAGGGUCGACGACUGACAGCCUGUAAAAAUCAUACUGGACCUCUGCGUAGGCCCCAGCUUAUUGCUUAAUUACUUUUUAGCACAAUGAACCUCUGCGCAGGCAACACUGCAGUAGCACACACCUGCUCCGCCGUAGGAUAUUCGAUAAGAGGCUUAUUAAAAUAACACCCUAGGCCAUAACAUAUGCCAUACUGCCGCAUACCGCCUCACUGAGACACAAGCAGCCACAUGCCGCUCGUGCCCACAGUGAACAUACAUUAAGCACGGUUUAAAACAGUUAGCGCAUACAUCUGGCUUGAGAAGAGCCCGCUUAACACUCAGGGACCUGAACAUAACUGCAACUUAUUAAGAGAUAUACAUUCCAUCUUUACCGUGCAUUUAAAAACAAAUAUACUCCUUAUGUUGAAAGUUCGAAAGCUAUUAUUUUUAAUGUUUUGUAUAUCUACUUCAUAGCAUACCUAUUGUGCAAAUAAGGAAACAGUGUCAUAAUGUCAACAAAUAUGAUCUAGCAUGGCAGCACAAUGCCAGACAAAUGCACCGCUUUAGCCACAAAAGUGAUAAAGUUCACAUGUUAAUACAGAGUACAGCAUAUUUAACAGCAUGUUUAAUAAUGUGGUAGUAUGUAUAUCCUUUAACCAGAACUGCAUCGAUAACACAGGCCUACAUCAGACUGUGCAUUAUGAGAGGAUUGUUUUGUCUUGACAAACCAUUAGCCAGUAUAAAUAUCCAGCCACAUGUGUUGCAUAGUUCGGUGCAGAGUACAUAUAAGAUAACCUUGAGUGGUGAGCACUAGAUACCAAAUGAAAAGUGUAACACAUUAUAAAGCUAUAACAUGAUAUGAUAAACUUGUACACAUAACUACUCAUGUUUUUCCAUAAAAAGUGCAUUGUUUACGCUUUAUCCCCUGCGUGGGAAAACUGCUUAUUGUGUUGACCUCAAUAAAAACAGAUUUAAUAAAGAGUUGACACAGGUAACCUAAUGGAAAUUGUAAUCACAAUCAAGAGCUUAGAAGCUGUAAGAGGCUUAUGCCAACUGAUAAAUGAACAAGAUGAGAUUUUAAAAUGCGUUACAAUUAAUUAUUUUCAACUUUUCUAUUCUUUUAAUAUAGUGGCAUUUAGAAUUCAACUUAUCAAACACUUCCUGAUUUUACACAAAUGCAAGUGUCCAUUGAACAUUCAGACGUUUAUUUUCCUUAAAAAAUUCUCCUAUUUACUAACACCUCAGUGUAAUCAUGAGAGAUGAUUGCUAUUAAGAUCCGUAAUCUGCAUUUCCUGCAAAAUUCUCAUUGAUGACAUGAAUAAAACUGUCAGUAGGUCUGCUUGGGCAUGUUCUGGCCUUUCUGGUUUUGUACAUCCUUGUGAACCUACACUUUGCUGUAGUUCCAAACCCUUUUCAUAAGGUGUUGUCAGCUGGAGAGAGCAAUGUUAAAGUUCUUUCUGCCUGCAGGCAGGGAAUGUCUAUGUUCUGUAGCUCUUUACCCGAGUUGCCCCUUCUCUUUACAGAAUACGUGCUCAAUCUCUCUACUAAUUAUUGAUGUACAAAGUUUGCUCCCAUGCACUGUUUGCUCUUUUAGUAUCAAUUCAGGCGUACUUGUGUGCAUUACCAUGUUUUGGUGAGAUCAUGAAGUGCUUUCCUGUUUUUUUUUUAUUGCUUUAAUUAGUCACAGAAGGAGGUUUUGGCUGCACCAUCCUGGGUUUGAGGAAAAAGAAGGGGGAGAGCGAACUCUGUGAAAACAAGCUUUAUCAAGCCAGGACAGCAACGUCAACGAAAAAUUUCCCCAACCUGAACUUUGCCAGAGUCUGUGACUUCUACUUUCCAGAAAAUAAAUUGUGAUAGCACGCACACAAUGUAAACUGUGCUGUCUUUUCUCUCGGUAGGAAAGGAAUGCUGCAUGAUGCUGUGGCAACCUGCGCUUGCUAAGAGUGUAAUAUACUGUAUUAAUGAAGUGGAGAAUUUUCUUUGUACAUUACUUUGUAAAUAUUUCCAGUGUGUGUAUCCUACUCAACUUCUGAUAGAAUAAAGUUACAGUGACAAUUUAACACAGUACCGCUUGUAAUUUUUAUUUCUGUUUUGCAGUUUGUAUUUGUGUGACAAUACCAGUUCUCAUUGCUAGGUUACCAC